AUGGCUAAGGUUGUCCGAAUCGUUAAGACUCUUCGGAAUCACUGGAAGAAAAGCACUGUAGGAUUUUGCCUGCUGGGGUAUGGAGGCCAUUGGGCUUAUGGCAAAUAUUGGUAAGUUAUAAACACAAGUUAAUUCAGAACACGUAGGAGAAUAAACAAGUAUGGCAAAUCUAGUGAUGACAUUUUUAAAUAAAUGGUAAUAUAAAUAUUAAUCAAACAUGCAGAACACUCAAUUAUAGUCUAUCAUUAGAUGCCAAACAGUCUGGGUGGAAAAUACAUCUAGAUGGCUUUAGGUUAAGAAAACUGUGCUUGAUAAACAUUUUGCUGUAAAAGUGGUAUAAAACCUAUGUUUGAAAUGCAAUGAACAUGGCGUCAGCAAAAUGUCAUAAAUAAUGGAAGCCAAGCCCUAUUGAAUGUCUGCAAGUGGAACAACAAUAGUAUCAGGGGUACAACACUUAUAAUGCUGCUUAUAGUGUGGUAUGUCUUCCGAGUCCAAAUGAAUUCAUUCUUUCCUGUAUUUUAGAUUUUUAAUAUCAAAUAUAUGUAGCUAUAUCAAAGUUCUUUCAUUUGAUUUUCAGAGAAAAGGCAGUGUUUACAUUGCUGUCCAGUAAUACCUCUAAUGGCAGUCACUCAUACAACCACUAGAGGUGCUUCCUAUCUCAGUGCUGCACAGUGUGCAGCACCUACAUUUAAAGUCUCCACGCUUUGUAUGGAUGCGCUGAACGUUCCCUAUAGAGAUGCAUUGAUUUAGUGCAUCUCUAUGAGGAGAUGCUGAUUGGCAGAACAUUUUGCCAUGCAUGCGCAAUAACCUAAAGCAUUGGAUUGGCUCAGAUCUGUCUCCGUCAUGGAGGCAAGACCGACACGGCAUGUAAAAAGGCGAGUAAAAUUACCAUUCCCAUGUGCACAAAAAUAGGUCCUGUGCUCAAACUCCCACUAUUCCUGGGUGGCACCUAUAAGCCCACCUGCCAUGUCAAGGCCAUUCACGUGAUCAGAGGGGUCCAGUCACCUAUACAUAUGCACGCACACUGACAGACGCUCACAAAUUAUUUGUUUUAUUCUGGGAGAACUGGAGUGGAUCGGCUUUCCCUGGGGUCCAGCGGUGAACCUGUAUCUGGGGUCCAGUUAGUUAUCUUCAAACUUACAGCUUCUGUAACUCUUCAGCCCUCGUGCGUUUAGUGAUGCCAGAGUGACAACAUAUUUUGGCUUCUGGCAUUACUGCAGGGUGUGCGAGGAGGUAGGGCGGGAAGAUUACAACUCAGUUACCGCCUAGCUCAAUUCUUCCCCAGCUGUCUGCCUCCACUUUGCCUUAACUUUCAGUCCACCUGCCCUUCCACCAACCCACCUCAGAGCGAACGUGCUGACAAAUGCCAGGUACCAGGACAAAGUUCCUAGUUGCCAUGGUGACCUGGCACUAGGGAUUUGUUGAGCCAUUCUGUAGUGGGUAUGGUGCCAGCAUUCCCUUUGUGUCAUUCCCCUUUCUGUGAAUACCAAACUAGUUUUAAGGGGUUUAACAUAAACCAAGGGUCUCCUGGGUGCAUUGGCUCGGACCUUUGCACAUUUGUGUAUCCGCUUACAUGUUCAGCCAAUGGAUGCUGUCAAUAUUUGGACAAAGUUGAUGUUGCUAAUCAAGAAGACUAACUUCUGCAGUAGAAAUAUGCCAAGACAAGGGAUCUGUUUGUAUCAAAUCUCAGAAAAAGAUUUGUGACAAAACCAUGGGUAAGGCACCAGUUUCCUGCACAAUAAACAUUACACCAGACUUAAGUGGUUAUGAUGCCUGGUUUGGCGGAGAUCAUCAAAAUUGACGAAGCACAUUGUGCAGCACUGACCCAGGAAGCACCUCUUGUGACCGUCUGAGUGACAGCCACUAGAGGUGUCCUUAGGCAGUAAUGUCAACACUGCCUUUACAAUGAAAAGACAGUAUUUACAUUAAAAAACCUGCAGGGACAGGCAGUAGACACCAGAACAACUACAUUAAGCUGUAGUUGUUCUGGUGACUCUAAUAUCCCUUUAGUCUGUCCUGGCAAAGUAACUGAAGGCCAAAGGAGCCGAACUAAAAACAUAGCUGGCAAGGUGAAUUUUUCCGGGUUCCGCUAUUCUGACCUUCAAUUUGAAAUUCACUUUGAAUUCCCUUCAAUUCUUACUUAAGUGAAUACCCCUAAAAAUUUAAGAGGUUUUACAUUUAUUUAUUUUUGUAAGGUGUUUUUUUUUUUGUUUGUUUUUUUUUAGCAAAGUGGACCCAGUAAUCUAAAAUAUAUAUUAUAUAAUAUAUGAUUUUUUUUAUUAUUUUUACAGUGCUCCUUCGAAGGGCACUGUAGACACUGCAACUGCCUUGUCUCAUUAAAUGGGUUUAUAUGGGGUUAUUUUACUCAAGUGUGAACUCAAGGUGAAAUUCAAAUUUAACCCCUUAAGGACACAUGCCAUGUGUGACAUGUCAUGAUUCCCUUUUAUUCCAUAAGUUUGGUCCUUAAGGGGUUAAGGCAAAAGUCUCUGAACUGAAAGUAUAGCUUACUUUAUUUUUCCAUGUUGGCUACAUUGACCUUACAUUUGAAAUUCACCUUUUGUAAAUAACAUUGCUAGAAUAAUCCAUAAUCAUGUUUCCACAUUUCCACAGAUGGAAAGCUACAUGUUGACAGUUGCAGAUGAAAAAAAAAAUGUAUAUUUAUUACUUCUUUUUUUUUUCCCUUAUAUAAAUGUGCAGUCCAAUGAAAUUAUAAUUCAUAUGACAAGAUAUUUUGGUGGAGCUGAAAGGGGCUUAUAAACGGAUGCCAAGGGCCACACAAAAGGACCACUAUAGGCACCCAGACCACUUCAUGAAGUGGUCUGGGUGCCAGGUCCAGCUAGGGUUAACCCUUUUUUUUAUAAACAUAGCAGUUUCAGAGAAACUGCUAGGUUUAUAUUAGGGUAAUCCAGCCUCUAGUGGCUGUCUCAUUGACAGCCGCUAGAGGGCUUCCACGCUUCUCACUGUGAUUUUCACAGUGAGAAGACGCCAGCGUCCAUAGGAAAGCAUUGAGAAUGCGUUCCUAUAGACUGGCUGAAUGCGAUCGCAGCUCUUGAUGCGCAUUCAGCCGGUGAGGGAAGAGGAGGAGGAGAGCUCCCCACCCAGUGCUGGAGAAAGGGGUAAGUUUAACCCCUUCCUCUCCAUCCAGCCCGGCGGGAGGGGUCCCUGAGGGUGGGGGCACCCUCAGGGCACUAUAGUGCGAGGAAAACGAGUAUGUUUUCCUGGCACUAUAGUGGUCCUUUAAACUGUCUAUGAAGCUUUUUUUUAUGUCAAAGAAGGGAUAGGACUGUUUCAUUUGGUUGAUUUUUAGAAAAGAUUGUGAUACAGUUAAGAGUAAUGUAACUGCUUAAGGUUAGUGAGCUUUAUCUGUUUAUAAAGGGUUAUGGUUUUCUUGAAAUGGGGCUGUUGCAAUUCUAAAUCUUGGUGAGUAUGCAAAGUUAUACUGGACAAUUUAUGCUACAAGCGUAUUUGCAUACAGCAAGCAUCUGAAAUCCAGAGAAACAAAAAAAAAAUCCAAACUGCGAGCAAAGUGCGGGGGAUCAACUGGAGAGUGACAGCUCUGUAAUUUUAUCGGAAGGUACCUUCAAAUUCACAGUCUAUGCAAUUGCAAGCACGUCCCUUGUUUGCUAUUCAUAAUAAGGCGUAAGAGUUUUUUUUUUUUUUUUUUUCAUUUUGACAGAAUAAUUUGUUUUUGUUUUUUAUCUUUACAUUUUCAAAACCUUGCAGUGUGAAUUAUUUAGAGGGAGAAUUAUUUAGUAAUAUUUUUUUUUUAAAUGUUUCUUGCUUCUGAAUGGUCUGCGUUUUAAUGUGAUUGCAGUGCUAUGAACAAGUGCCUGGAGAACAAUUUGCUUUGCUUGUCAAACAGGCUUUUCCCAUUUACAGAUCCUCCUGGUAGCAUAUUUACGGGGUGUGUGAAAAACACAGUGUCUUCUUUUGUAUCUGAACUCUUUAAGUGCUAGAUGGGAGGAUGCAAGUGUGUUGCUUAUUUGUGUUGCACUGUAAGGAUUAAUAGGUCACUUGUGGUCAUUAAAUAAAGCAAUAUGCAGAGAGAAGCUCCGUUGAGCAUGCUAACCGUUUUUUUAUGCACUAUAGAUAUUUUUGUUUUUAUUGCAUACAAAACACUCCAUACAAUUGUACAAGAUACCACAUUUAGUUAGAUAUACAAUUACCAUAAUAUAAAAUAGACAUUAAAUACAUUUUUUUUGUUUUUAAAUAGAGGAUGUCCUUUAGAUUUCAAAGUGAAGAAUGAAAUGUUUGAGAGAAGAGAAGGGGCAUUGCACUAUGUUGACUUUAAAAUAUAUCUCCUAAUAAAAUGAUUUAUUCUAAGUCCAACUGCAUAAAAUGAUUUAAAGCUAAUUAUGGACCAUAAUUCUCAACUUUUAUGUGGGCAUCUUCAAAAGGGAGCAACUAUACCAAGUCUUUCUGUUGAUUUAAAUGAUGGCUAAGAAUUAAAGUUCUAUGAGAAGCAAUGAUUUCCUGUUUGUGUCACAGGACAAACAAUCAAGAAGGGACACCUGGGGGAGUGCAAUCUAGACACUGAUUUCUUUUGAUAUCUGCACUUUUACAAUGCAAGAGGCAGGUGACACUCUCUGGGGUUUUUUUGUUUGUUUUUUUUUUACUAAAGAGAGAAUUCAAAGUGAAGCCAAAUUGAAAGAAUAGCUGGCUUAAAAUAUUUUUCCAAAUCUGCUAUUUUUCUCUUAAAGGGACACUAUAGUCACCAGAACAACUACAGCUUAUUGAAUUGGUUCUGGUGAGUAGAAUCAUUCCCUUCACGCUUUUUGCUGUAAACACUGUCUUUUCAGAGAAAAUGCAGUGUUUACAUUACAGCCUAGUGAUAACUUCACUGGCCACUCCUCAGAUGGCUGUUAGAGAUCCUUCCUGGGUCAUGGCUGUCUAAAAUGCAUCCAAACAUUCAGUAUCUCCUCCCUCUGCAUGCAGACAAUGAACUUUCCUCAUAGAGAUUCAUUGAUUCAAUUCAUCUCUAUGAGGAGAUGCUGAUUGGCCAGGGCUGUGUUUGAAUUGUGCUGGCUCUGCCCCGAUCUGCCUCCUAGUCAGUCUCAGCCACACCUAUGGGGAAGCAUUGUGAUUGGAUCAGGCCACCACUUCUGAUGAUGUCAGAGGUCAGAGGAAGUUCACAGGCAGAGGCAGCAGAUUCAGACUUGAAUACAAGUAAGAUUUUACUAUAUUUAGGGAGGCACAGGGGGCUAGAUAGUGGUUUUAACCCUAAAGGGUCAGGAAUACAUUUUUGUGUUCCUGACCCUAUAGUGCUCCUUUAAAUUUGAAUUCCCACUUUAGUAAUUAAUCCUCAAUGUUUGGAGUUUCUUUAUCUGCACUCUUUCUUACUCAAUUUUUUGUUUGUCCUUUUUGACUUUCACAAACCAAAGGUUUGUAACUAAAAUUCAACAACUUCUGGUGAGUGUCUUUACCUUUGCUCAGGUACCCACCAGUGUGGCCAUUGUAUAACUCAUUUCUUAUAGAUAAGGAACAUGCUCUGUCCUAGCUCCAUCAUUCCUUUCACUCUUAAUAGCUUGGAGUGCUUUUUACCACAAAUUAAGACGUUAACGUGGAGACUGGCGAUUUAUGGCAGUAUGAAGUGGUGAAAUGUCCAAGAAAAAAUAUUUUUAUUUUAUUUAUUUUCAUGUUGUAUCUAGAAGUAUUGUGAAAUCCGUAGUACAGAAAAAAAUAAAGAUGCAAACCAAACAUAUCAAAGGAUAGGUGCAUCAAAGGAACAUAAACUUUGUGUACAAGCAUAAGGUAACAUAGGUGGAUAACAUUAUUACUUUGCAAAGAAAUGAAGAGAGAAAUGGCUGCAAGUAAACAGGGAAGCAGGGAUGAGUAGGCAGUGGUGGUGAAAGGAUAAUAUGAUUUUAGAUGAGGAACUGGAGUGUGCAGCACUGUUCCCACAGAUAGUAAAUAAAAUGUGGCGAAAGUUUAGAAAAAGAGCCGGACGAGGCUUAGAGAAGAGAGUGAUCAGAGAGCUCCUAAAUAGACCGUUAACUGAAUGAGCCGACUCCCCCCGCCCCCCAAAGAAGCCACAUCAAAGCUAGAUGUGGUUGGUAAUUCCAAUGACCUGACCUGCACCUUUUGUCGGAUGGGGGUCUCUCCAAUGAAGGGUGAUCUGGGUCUCAGCAUCACCUACCACAUGUCAUAAUAGUAAACAUUUAACACAAAGGAGAGGGGUGGGGUGUAGAAGGAAGAUAACCGCAGGGGUAAAUUCAUCUAUCUCACAGCGUAUUUCCCUAUAUUCUGCUGUAACACUCCCCAGUAGUCCCUCAGUUUUCAGCAGACCCAUCAAAUAAGUACCGUGUCCCUCCUGACCCCUCCAUCAAGGGUCAGAGACCGUUGUGAGAUCCUGUGCUGGACCCUUGGGGUCUUCUACCGACGAGAACUAUUUGUUUUGUGUGUUUUUUAAAGGGACACUAUAGUCACCUGAACAACUUUAGCUUAAUGAAGCAGUUUUGGUGUAUAGAACAUGCCCCUGCAGCCUCACUGCUAAAUCCUCUGCCAUUUAGGAGUUAAAUCCCUUUGUUUAUGAACCCUAGUAACACCUCCCUGCAUGUGACUUGCACAGCCUUCCAUAAACACUUCCUGUAAAGAGAGCACUAUUUAUUGCAAGGCUAGGCUUUCUUUAUUGCAAGUUCUGUUUAAUUAAGAUUUUCUUAUCCCCUGCUAUGUUAAUAGCUUGCUAGACACUGCAAGAGCCUCCUGUAUGUUAUUUAAAGUUCAAUUUAGAGAUUGAGAUACAAUUAUUUAAGGUAAAUUACAUCUGUUUGAAAGUGAAACCAGUUUUUUUUUUUUUCCAUGCAGGCUCUGUCAGUCAUAGCCAGGGGAGAUGUGGCUAGGGCUGCAUAAACAGAAACAAAGUGAUUUAUCUCCUAAAUGGCAGUGAAAUUGCAGGGGAAUGAUUUAUACACUAAACCUGCUUUAUUUAGCUAAAGUAAUUUAGGUGACUAUAGUGUUCUUUUAACACAAAAAGUAUUUAAAAACCAUAACUGCUUCAGACACAUCUGAUCCAGCUGGGUGUAAAAUCUCCAGUUUCCACAGGUAAUGAAGGUAUUGUUACUAGAACUAACCAAUGAUCCAUGCUUUAUUUACUGUAUUUAAACUGCUGUGGAAUAUGUUGGCACUAUGUAAAGGCCAAUAAUAAUGUUUAUGUACAAGUGUGUACUGUCUGGGAGUUGUAUUUAAAAUUAGGGCUUUAUUUAAUAUUUCUAGAUAUGCUUUCCAAAUUUUUUUAAUUUUAUUUUUUUUUUAUACAUUUUAAAAAUGUUUUAAUAAUAUGAAAACUAUUGGAAAAUUGUAAUAUUUUGAAAUAUUGUUUUAAAUUUUAUAAAUUAAUAUUUUGAAAACCAUGUAAAAUGUUUAUACAAAAAUAUUAAAUCAUUUGUAAAGCCAUUGCAACAAUAUUAAAUCGAGGCCUAUUCUUGGUAUACGCUCUGUGCCUUGAAUAGCAUAUUAUAUAUUGUAUUUGGGAUUAGUCCUGUGUACCGGUGAACAUAUGAGUAGGCUUUCUCCACAACACCAUCGUCUGUGGAUUUUAGCAGGCUGACGACUUCUCAAGUACAUAAGGAGUUAAAAAUCCACAUCUGCUGUAGAUACUUGCUUACUAGUCAACAUUUCAUGAGGAUACUGGGAUUCCUCACACUAUCCCCCCAGCACAGAAAAAGUAACAUCACUUGCUAGAAGGGAUUAUUUGUUUAAUACAGAAAAUCAGUUUAUUUAUGCAAACUAUAGAUCUAUAUGUAACACAAUGUUUUAUCUUUUUUUUUUUUUUGGUAGUGAUAACUUGCUGAGAAGGGCUGCAUGCCAAGAAGCACAGGUAAGUGUUUUUUGUUUUUUCUUUUAAAUCUAUUUUUUUAUUAUUAUUAUUAUUAUUAUUAUUAUUAUUAUUAUUAUUAUUAUUAUGAUAUUUAUAGAGCGCCGUCAAAUUCCGCAGCGCUUUACAAUGGGUGAACGAACAGACAUGUAGUUGUAAAAUAUUUACUUUAAUUUUGCAUUCGCUAACAAUUUUAUUCAAGUCUUGUGCUGGCCUCCCAAAUGAAGUAACUGUUCGUAAAAAAUAAAAUAAAAUAAAUUUCCGUCCUGUUCGGCACAUUCCCAGAAACCAAUCAAACCUCCUUUGUCUCUUCAGAGGUGCUUGUUAUAGUCCUCUAGGCUGAUUUAAGCAUGAUAAGCAUCUGUCUGAUUUCCUAAACCUUUUACAGCUCUGACAAAUAGAGCCUCGUUAGUGUAUUUAAAUGGCUCUUUCAUUUUACCUGCUACGUUUUCAUAUUCCGAGGAGGGGCUCAAAUUUGUGGCCAUUCUACUUCUAGACUGAUUAUACUGUCUGCAAAAAAAAUCUUAUUGGCUGUUGAAAGAUGUGGAACUAUUCCUCUAUUUUAUGAACUGUUUUUCUACAGCAGUGCUGUCCGUAAUGACCAGUUUGAAUUUGAAAUAAUAAUUACCAUCACAUUUUAAGGCAGCGUUGGGAUAGCUCUCUCCAGGAACCUAGUUUAUGGUUAUUAGUCUGAUCACACUCAGUGCUCGGAGUACAGUAGCAGCACAGACUCUGCAUGUAGCUGUGACUAAUAUUAAAGUAGCAGGGCUGUUUGUAACUAAAAUUAUCAUUGCAUUAAAAAGUUGGGAGUCACAGGUUGCCAUUACUAAUGGUACAUUAAUAGCCUGUGGCUAUAAGAAGCCAAAAAUAACUGAACAGUAACAACUUUAUGCCUGCGUGCAGUUUGACUUAACUGUACAGUUAUAGCUUGAGAAAUGCAGGUAGCCGUGACUAACAUUGCUCUAAUAGCGUCGGUCUGCAUCUAGCCAAGUACUCUUCCUUAGUAGUGUAGUAACAGGUAGCCAUGAUUUAAUAGCUCUGAAACAAUUUUGGGAAUUCAUUAGCGAUUAACAACUUGAAGCUUCAGGUAUCUUGGGGUAACAAUACAGUAACAGUUUACCGACACAACUAGCCAGGAUUGAAUAUGUGGUAGCAUACCGCUUGUUUGUAGUAAAGCUAACAGUACAGAAACAGCUUAGUGAUUUUCUUAUUAAAAUUGACAGUGCUGGAUCAUUUGGUGAUAAUCUCUAACAAAGUUAAAAGUACAAUAACGGCUUAUCAGCUGUCUUUAGAAAAGCUAGCAAUACCGUAACAGCUUGAUUGCUUGCGGUCUGUAGCAAGCUAAAAAGAACAGUGAUAGGUUGACAGUUGUCAGUAGUAAAUCUGUCAACACAGUAGCAAAUUGAUGGCUAUCUGUAGUAAAGCUGACAUUAUAGUAACAGCUGAGCAGCUAUCUCUAGGCACGCUUAUUGUGCAGGAACAGCUUCACAACUAGUAACAAUGACAGUACAGUAAAAGCAUGAUUGUCACGUGUUCAUCCGCACAUAAAAAUGUGGUUAAUGGCAUUUACCGCCCUGACAGGAAAAGUUAUGCCGAGCAGCAUUACCGUCCUAACAGGAAAAGUUGUGCCGAGCAGCAAUCAUGCACAUGGAAACCUGGUAAUUACUUUUGGGGUCAAAGACCGGUCAUGGCCAAUCAGAUUCACAGGAGGGGGGUAUUUAAACCCAGUUCUCCUUUUGCUGAUUGCCCUGUCGUGGUUUAAUCCUGAUGGUAAUCAGAGAGUGUGUUCCUGAUCUUCAUUUUCUGGUAUUUGACUUUGGCUUUGUUAUGACUUCCGUGAUAUCUGGCAUCCUUGACUUUUGGCUUUCCCUCAUCGUUGUGUCUGAUUCUGUGUCCCUGACCUCGGAAAGUAUUUUGACUAUUCUUGGAGACGUUAAGUCGGGCUAUUCUAAGGUCUGGUUAUACGUUAUCCUUAGUCCUAGGUGUGACACAAUUCUGCGUGCUGGAUCAACUUGGAAUCCUGACAAUGAUGACUAUCACUAGUAAAGCCGACAGUACAGUAACAGCUUGACAGCUGCCUGUAGUAUGUCUACAAUGUAGGGCUAUCUAUUUGGCUGAGCGUUUCUGGCUCUCUAUCAUCGGUAGUAGAGGCAGGGAUCAGCGCACAGUGGACCUGUACUCCAGCUAAGAAAUCAAACUUCUCUAAAAUGGUUUGACUGCUUACAAUGGUGCAUUGUUGGUACUGUAACCAAUACAGCAGAUUCGCAUUUGAAAUAUAUAUUGUACAUGUUUUGUAAGUAUUCUGUGCUGAGUAUUUAUUUGAUAAGCAUUUGUGUGAGUGACUCUCACCGAUUGGCCAAGAAAUGUAUGCAGCAUAGUACUGUAAAUAUUUGUUUUAAAUAUAAGGGUAUCUCCCAUGUAAUUCUAGGCAGACAGUGCCAGCUACCCAUCCUGGGGCCUAAAUAGUCAGAGAGAGACCAUGAUGUUUACUGUGGUGUACCAUUAGCUAGACAAUGAGGUGGCUCCAUGUUCUGGUGCACCAUACACAUAAUUCAGCUGUCUGUAUUUUUACAUUUCUAAAUAUAAACCCAUAUUCUCUAAGUGUGCCCCUCAGGCAUCCAAAGCCUUCUGCUCUGUCAGUCUCACAGAUGGAGACAGCUGACUGUUGCUCCUGUAAGCUUUGAGAGAUGACUGUCUUUACUGGUGUCCUACUACUAGUCAGUGACUGUUAUCAGAGGUGUUCCUACCAGCUAGAGGCGUCUUAUUUGUUGCAUCCUCCUAUUUUCACAAUGUAUUCUUGAUUGCGUGGCACAGCCCUGUUAUCCAGUGAUCCCCGUCUAUGCCUAGCAUGAUGAAUUGCUUUUCAGCAUUAAGUAAUUGUAUCUCUGUAGUAGUGAUGCACGUUGUAUAAUCACACUGCACUGUUCUACACUGAUAAAAUUAGUAUGUAGUAUGAUUAGUGAUUAAUUUUUAAGCUAAAGGAUUGGUCAAUGUGAAUAGUAAUUGGACAUGUCCACGGUUAUGCCUAUUUAUCUUAGACCUAGGUCACACCUUGUAAUUGUAGUCCAGUAGGCUACUACACCAAGCAUGUCAAACUCAAAGGCUAGCAAGGGCCACAUAAACUAGGUUUAAUUUUGUGGGCUGCAAAAAAAACAAACGUAAAUUUUCACCCCUCUACUAAACCCCAGCCUCCUCCCAUCUACUAAACUCCAACCCCCUCUCGUCUACUAAACUCCAGUCCCCCCCCAUGUCUACUAAAUCCCAGUCCCCCUGUCUACUAAGCCCCUGCCCCUGUUUAAAAACAAAACCACAAAAAAAACAGCCAACAAACAGUGUCCGGAGUCUGGCCUCUGGCAUACUCCUAAUGGCCCCAUCCUCACCUUAAAAAAGCGGGUCCUCCCGUUACUCCUUGAAACCUUCACACACACUCACUGACAAACAUGCACACUCACACACACAGCCAUACACCUACACACACAACCAGCCAUAAACACAAACAUACUGGGUUGAUUUCUUACCAGGGGUCUAGUGGGGAUGCAGGCAGGGGGGCAGACAGGCAGCAAGAGAGCGCUGAAUGUAAGCACUCCCUGCUCAGCUCCCUCGCGUGAUGCUGGGAGCCGGAGUGACAUCAUAUUCCGGCUCCCGGCAUCACUGCGGGUAGCUGAGCAGGGAGAGCUUACACUUGGCGCUCCCACGCCGCGGCCUACGGGCCGCAUAAAUAUUAGUUGUGGGCCGCGAGUCUGACAUGGCUGUACUACACUGUUAAAAAAUACUUAUCUGAUCUUUAACCUCCUUUUCUCAGACACAAUGCUGUACAUGUACAGAAGCAACAGUUAAUUACAUUGUUCUUUACGGCUAAAUUAUAUCCCCAAAUAGAGAUUAGAACAACUGGCAUUCAUCUUUUUCCCCAAAACAAAAUUGCCAGCAACAGAGCAUUCUUUUAGUCACAUUCUCCCUCCACAAAAAAUAAAGCAAAGAAAAGUUAUCUUCAGUAACCAGAGUCUGACUAUGAUCGAAGCCACCAGCUUCCUUCUGAUCCCACGUGCUCUCCCUUCCAUUCUCAUUCCACUUUAUUUCUCAUCUCAUAACUACCUAAUGCAUCUGCUUGAAAAUGCCUUCACCCACAAAUGAUACUGUAUAACUCCCCAGCUUAGUUCAUGUUGGAAUAAAGUUUUUAAAAGAAAAACAGUGGACUGAUUGAUGCCUGAUUUUAGCAUUUCCGUAAUGAUCUGGCAGCUCCCUUUUCCUUAGUGGGUGCCCUCUCUUCAGUUUUUGUAAUGUGAUAAGUCCACUUCUCCUUUAUAUGUGCAUGUCUUUAGAUGGAUAAAUUGGAGGCUUGAAAUGAAUUGAGAAAAAAUGAAUUGACUGCAUAGCUUUUUAGUACCAUAAUCACUACAAUAAAUUGCUGUAAAUAUGGUGUUUGGAGAGUCUUUUUAAUGUAGUCUGAUUCUAUUUUAGUCCCAAGUACUUAUUGGCUAAUCAUAAUAAGGGCAAUGUAUAAGAAAUGUAAAAACGGGUAUAUGUUGUUUCGUGUAUCAACAGAGGAACUUUUAUUAAACGUAUAAACAUAUCAUGAUGUUUGCUUGUUUUUUAUUUUUUAUAUAUAUUUCAUUGUGUAUUUCAGAUCUGGUUUGCAAUUAACGCACUCCAGUUAUCUUCCAAUUUACUAAUUUAGUCGCUCAUAUGCUACUCUAUGCAAAAUCUUUUCUCCGUAAGGUGUUUGGAGACGAGCUGAUUCACCCCAGUAUAGCUGUGAAGAAAGCAACUGUUUUCCUGAAUCCUGCUGCCUGCAAAGGGUGAGCUCAAACAUAGCAGACUGGUGGGUUUCAAUCUCUGUCUUUCCUGUCAAUUCUUACACAGCACUAAUCUUUCCAUUCAUCCAACAGUGAGCCUUGGAGUCAUGAGCUAAUACACCAUAGGAAAACUGCUGGGCUUGAAUAAAUACUUCCGUAUUGCUUUAUUAAAACAGGUCAAAAAUGCAAACAAUUGAUCUGUGUAAUUAGAACAUUCAAUCACCCUUAGCAUUCAUUUAAUUGAUUUACGCCCUGUAACACUUUUCCUGUGUGGACGCUUCCGUCAAGCAAAUUGUAUGUUUUUAUUUGAGCUUAAUUGCGUAUUGAUUUAUUAACAAUUACUAUACAGUUAUUUUCUAGUUUUGAGCUAAAUAAUGUUAGCAGAGGAAUUAGGGUAAAACACAGCAAUGUGUCCUUAUGUAAAUUUGUUGCCUAUUUGUUUUGAAACUAUUACAGAAAUUAAUGUUUGUAAUGAAAGUAUGUCUUAGUAAAGCAUAUAAAAGUAGCUAAUAAGUGUUUAAUUCCUUUAUGCACAUUAUAUGUCAUAAUGCAUGUUUUAUGAAAGUUCUGUACUGAUUUUGCUUGUCCACUAGUGGAGAAUUGUAACCAAAUGGCGGCCAAAUAAAGUGCGUCAUAUGCUAAAGUAGCUGAAUUUGCUACUGUAAAUAGUAAAGUAGUUUCUAUAUAGCGAAAUUUGUGUUGAAACAGCUGAAUUGCCACAUGGCUGACUUUCAACAUAUUCAGGGUUAUUUAAUAACAUGAGAAAUGUCAGGAAUUAAAAGUGAAUUUCACAUUGUAGACCGAUGUAGCUCAAAUAGAAGCAUAGCUGACUUGGAUAAUUUUUCCACUCUUUUAGCCUUAAUUUGAAAUUCAAUUCUAACUUCAGUAAAUAUCCUUGUUAGUCAAUAGACCCUUAAAGGGUAGCUCCAAGCACCAUGACCACUUUUUUAUUUUUUUUUUAUUUGAAUUAGUCAUGGUGCCUGUAGUCUGCAUAUGCAGCUUUUCACUUUAAAACACUGCAUGUACAGAGAUUAACCCCUCUACUGCUGGAUGGUGGAGCUUCACCAGUGUCAUUGGGUAUCAAUAAUGUCAAUUCUGUGCAAAAUUGGCACCUAACGCCAGCAUGACCAGCCUCCAUACCAGCCUCUGUCCUCUCAUUAGCCUGACCUCCCUUCCCCUCUGGCAAGGGGAGUGACGUAACUUCAGGGAUAACUUGGCUUCAGUGUUGGAACAUUAGUAAGUUUUAGCCCUUAUUUAUUUAAUUUAUUUGGAGGAGGUGGACCACCACAACAAAAGUUACUAUAAAAAAAACACUGGUUUUUGGUUGGAGUAACCGGAUGAGUUUUUGGGAUGUAGUUACUUCGUGUGCAUGCAUAAGUGGGCACAUAAACUAAGGACAAAACGACAAUUUUUUACUUUUUUUUUUUUUCGUUCGGGGAUAUAGAGGCAGGUGACAAAUAUUAGAGCUUAUUUGGGAUCCCAGAUGGAGCAAGUUAAGUUUAGUUUUAAACUCUGCUGGUGUCAAAAAAGUGAGUAAUAAAAAGUUGAUUGUGUGCCCAGUUUCUUACAUUAUGUACUGACCUAAGACAGUAUGUCAAUGUGCACAGACAUUUUUUUUUAACUGCUCCAAGUCAACUAUCUGUUAUUGCCUACAUCUGUCUAUUACAAUGCCAGAUUUCCAGCUCUCCACUACAUACCACUAUUUAUAGAUUCUAGAGCACAGACAUCAUCUUGUUACACUAUUUAAUAUAAACCAUCCUUACUCAACUGUUCACUUAGGGGCAUGUUAGUGGUUUGAAUAAUUUACUUGCGGUUUUUAGGGCCUGUAUAUUGUAUCAGGAGAAAAACCAAAUUAAAUAUAUCCAAUAUUUCAGUGGACAUCCAGAUACCCUCAUGUUGGUUAAUGAAAUAAAUAAUAGUAAUACAUUUCUUUUGUUGUAUAGGAAAGCCAGGAACCUCUUUGAGAAGAAUGCAGCUCCCAUUCUGAACUUGGCUGGAAUAGACAUCACAGUGGUAAAGGUGAGUGGCAGUAUAGCCUCUGUGAAAAGACUCCUUAUACUGUUGUAGAUGCUUUAAGGGUGUAGAAUAAAGCCUUAUUGAUCCUGGCAAUGGCACCAUACUCCAGCUGUUCCCAACUUGUUGGGUUUUUUUUUUUUGGACUAAGGCACACCCACAUUUUUAUUUACAAGAACAGUUUACUUCAACUUUUACUGAAGGGGUAUGUAUAUAUAUCUUGCAAGUUUUAAAUUGUUGUCAAAUAGAAAUAAUUUUAAUGCAAGCCUUUACAAAAAAUAAAUACAUAAGGACUGCGGUCUGCUAAUUAGAACCCUGAAGUCAAUGUGUUUGUGGCACAGUUCGAUGUGGUUUGCUGCAAAGCGAUUGAAAACCACUGCACUAGACAUCUGUACCUGAGACGACAAAGGGACUUCAGGUAAGCAUAGGACUAAAAAGUAUCUGGAUUGCUAAGCAAACUAUAACUUACUUAUAAAUUGAGGUCUUGCAUUUUGAACACACUGUCAAAAGAGCUCACAUUUAUGUGCAGAUGUCAUUGUUGUCACCUCUCAUUAUGUUUUACAUAAAGAAAUGUACAUAACAAUAGCACUUUUUCAUAUGUGAUAGUGUGCUUUGUGAGGAUUAGCAAAUAAAGGUGGAUGAUAUGAUAUACCCUUUCACUCUUUUGCAAGGAUGCAAAGGGAGAAGUUAUCUCUGCUUUCAUCAUUUGAUCGCGAUGAACAAUGUCUUUGGAAAUAUUUCUGUUCCUUGGCCCAGGUAAAGGUGGAAAAUACAUAGGGACCUCUUGAAAAUGUUCCAGUAAUUCUCAGAUGUAUCAGACCAGUGUGAAAGAGAAUAAUGCUACAGUGAAGUAAUUGUGUAGCAAAGGUUCUACAAGUAUUAGAAAUAAAUGCAGCAAUCUUCAUUAAUACCUCACUGAAAAGGUUGUAUUGCCAGAAUUACCACUUUCAUGGUAGAAUAAGCUCAUUGUCAUUAAUUUGCUGCACUUAUAUGCUUGCUAACUGGGACAUAUAGAAACACUGAUCUCUAGUACUUAUCCAUUUUCGCUGGUGUACAGGCUUUCAUUAUUUUAUACAUCCAUAAAAGAUUUAACUUUAUUACUGUAAUGAAUCCCUAAUGCAUACAAUGUAAUGGUUUUUAUUUCAGGGAAAUACUUUGGAAAUUUAGUGAAAAUUAAUGGUAGGUUUCUCAUGCUUGGCAUUGAAAGAGUGUUUCAAGCUUUUGCAGUAUUCACCUUCUAUGAAGUCUGCUUUAUAGGUCAUGGCUGUAGCUGCGGACCUUGCCUUGCAAGUCACCAAAGGAAAUUGGAAGUGGAAGGAUGAGGAGGGGGAAUUGAAAAUGCAAUCAAGUGUUGCAGAUUAAUUAGAGCAGUUGUGAGCCACCUCCCAGCUCCAAAAUUAGAUGCUGUUUGCCGCACUGCUGCUGUGAAUGUUAAAUAGAGGAAUUUGUGAGGAGUUUAACACCCUCUGCUCCAGUAGAGCGCCAUGUUGUACAGUCAGUGAUAUUGAGUUUUAUUCACUAAACCUUGAGUACACCAGAGAUGUAAAUAUCAGCGUUAAUGCUUCAGAUAUUCUAUAAAAUGGCCUCUAUCUAGCACAGGCAAUGCAAAAUGAGCAAAGUAGCACUCUAUGGCAAGUAGCUCUGAGUGUGCUGUCUCAAGGUACUCUCACUAUACCUCUGAAUGCACAAAACAAAUAACAGGUCCACAACACUGAAAUCACAAAGAUCUGGCAACAUUUCAGAUCCAAAUAAGUUGUUAAGUCCACAUUGGUGGAAUAAAGCUCUUUUAUUUAUUCUGCUCUUCCAUGUCCAAUAUUUGUUUGUAACCAUUUUGAUAUGAGCUAUUGAGCAUGGAUGCAAGACUUGAAGUGUUGAGCAUCCUUAAAGUUUCGUUUUAUGUGUCCAUGAUGUAAGCAGCACUCUACUGUAAGGAAGUAAAAGCGUAAUUUUCACUGAUUUUGUCCUAGAGAUUGCUCUACCUAUUAAAAGGCUCAACAACAAAAAAAAGUAUGGUCCACUGUCCGUGUUUCCAAAAAACUGGCCACUAAAUGUAGUUACAAGCCUAUUCUCUAUGUAUAACACUGGAUAAACUUUAUGAAUGUUGUAGGCCCUCUUUCCAUAUCUAAGGCCUUUAGGUGCACACAGACAAUACAAGUUCCAAACUACUCUUAAAUGGUUCUUCCUAGCUUAAAUGUACACAUGCUUUAGUGGUUGAAGCCCCACCUAAUGUAAAUAGUCAAAUCGUUUGCUAAUCAUUUGACAUCUUACCUCAGGUUCUUUGGACGUUGCUCCCUGCCUCCUCACAGCUGGAAUUGAAAGCCAGCAGCUCUUGGUAGGAGGCAUAUACCACAAAAAAAGAUAAUCACGUUGGGAGUUUGUGUUUGCUGCAAAUCAAAGGGUCUGUCAGUUUCAUGGUCAUGGUGCUUGGAGCUACCCUUACAAUGCAUUUCAAACAAUAUAGAUAAUUUCAAUCCUGGGUUAUACCUUUAAGUCCUUAAUUCAUUUCAAUAUAGUUGUUCUUUUUAACACCUUAUCUCCUCUCUGUUGCAGCCAAUAUGGAUUUUAAAAAAUAUAUAUAUUUUUUUUUUAAAACCUUCUUUAUUUUUGUGGUGGAAAUAGAGAAGUACAGGCAUAUCAAGACAUUUUAGCCAGAGUACACACCAUAUUGUUACAGGAAAUGGUGAAAAUACUGCACCUUUUAUAACGUAACACAUACAAAUAUAGUGAUUUUGUGAUGCAAACAAAAAUAAAACAAAUAUACACUUGGAUUAAGCUGCACUGCUUAUGAUAAAUAGAAUGGUAGAGCAGCACUAAGGAGGAUUUCCAAGAGCAGAUACCACUGGUUCAGCAGCAUAUACAAUUGCAGUCAUAUAGUAGAGCCUAGUAAAACAUUAUAUAACAACUGGGGUUCAAAAACCACUUGACCGCAGAUAAUGCUUGUGCGUCACUCAGCCAAUGCCAACUAGGGGUGAGUCUCAGCAGCUGCCACCAUCAAACACCCCAAGAAGGCUUUUCCACACGAUCCCAGUCUUCAGCCAAUCCGGUACCACAUGUCCCAUAAUGGCAACUGAGGCUCUUUGUUGCGGCUCAUUGGGCGGGUAACGCCAGAGACUGUAGGCCCCAGCAGGGUAGCCGUUUUAAUUGCCAGGUCUCAACGCUCCAAAUCGCCAGGCAGCUUGCAAUGUCAGCUGGGUGACCACUGUAUUACGCCAGUGGGGAGCAGAUAUUCCCCCCCGGCCCGGAGGAGGGAGACAGGGCUCCAAGGUAGGCAGCUCCAGGUCAAGGCCGAGAGUCGGCUGCCUCCCCGUCCCUGACCGAAAUUGCAGUCCUCAAGGCUGUCUCACACGAGUCGUAUCUGCCAGUUGCAGGCAUAAAAAUGAGUAGCAGGGGGCGGGGCCUGACCGCCAUGCUGACCGGUCGCAGGCUAGAGAGGCUCCUGACACAUUUGGUCCCCUAUGGCACAAAACUUUAAAAAUAAAGCAAGUCGUUUAUCCGGAGGAGCAUAGCAGUGUGCGGCUCCCCUUUUCGGCUGUCAGGCCCCACCCAAGCCAAUAUGGAUUUUGUAGGGAAUCUGUAGUAUAAAGAUUACCCACUAUUUGUAAUGAAUUACAUAUACAAAACAAAAAAGAUACUCACCUUAGAAGUUCCUAACCAAAACACUGUUAGGCAGUUACUCAUUACACACGGUAAUUGGAAUUGCUAUUUAAAGGGAUAGCACCCAUAUUGCAGCUAUCACUUUGUUCAUAGCCCAAUUGUUUUUAGUGAACUGAGCUAUGUUAGGAAAAAUAUAGUAUCAGGUAUACAAAUGUGUAUUCAUUACACUACAGUGUUAAAACACAUUUUAGGGGGGGUGGGGCCUGGCUAGCAUGGUGGAUGGCUGUGUUCUUAGUGAGCUCCUCACAUACAGAGUUUGAAGCACUUCUGAAGCACAUGCAGCCCGGAAUAGAUUUUGAGGCCUAUGCACCUGGGCGAUCUGUGAAAAGAAUAAACUGCCAAUCUCCAGGCCUGGAGUUGCCAGCGUGUACAAAGUAUACAGCUGAAACCUUGCGCCCCUCCCUCUGGACCGGUAGGCAUUAUCCCGGUGCCCACCAGAGAAAAGUUACUGGGGGCUAAGGAGCAAAGACACUCUCACCUACUCUGACGUGAAGAGGCCUCGUGACAUACCUAAGAUGGCUACCAGGCCACCUGAGCAUCCACAGUCUCAAUGGGAAUCAAGGUUCAAUGCAGCUUUUGAUUUUAUAUGCACAGCUAUCUGGAUCGAGUCCCGCCAAACAAGGCCAUUACUUACCCAGCCUCUGAUGGAGGGUGUCCCUAGCGACGUCCCAGCACACUGCUCUCCUUCUAGGCCGAUAGCCAAGAUGGGCGUCAUAUACAUCAGCCAUCCACGACCCUGUUGGACUGCUUGCAGAGUGGAGGUCUCAUGACAUCAGCUGGUCAUCUGAUGAUGGGGGGCUAAGUGGUGAAAAGGUACCGGAUCAUGUGCUGGCCUGGGCUUGGAGAGCAGAGAAGUUGGAAUAUGGCCGUAUCACCUAUGGCGAUCUGAACGACCUCCAGGUGAGGCAGGGAGGUACAGGGUAAACCACGCAGCAAACUGUAACUGAAAGCCGAGCUGGACCCCAGUUAAAGCAUGCUUGUGGAAUUGGUUGAGAUAAGGAUACAGACUUUCCUGAAGCUUAUGUGCAGCUUUAGCACACUAGUUUGAUGUCAACUAAAAUGUUUGGUUUUGUUUUAAUUUUCUUCUGGCUUACUUUUUAGUCAGCUACUUAUUACAUUUACUUAUUCAUGAGAUGCAUUACCUAUAGUUGUACUACUCCUCUGACACAUCCUAGCAAUUAAUGCUCUGCUGAUGUGUGUCCUCUAAACCUGCUAAACUCUACUAAGCAUAAGUACAAUGUAUGGCUCAAACAUAGGCUGCACCUUUUAAUUAGCAAUUAGUAUUGUUGACCUAACUACUAGAACACCUACAAAUGAUUUGCCAGCCAUACUACCCACUCAUUCACACCUGGCAAUAUCCUAGUGUUUGGUGCCAUGCCUGAAAAUGCCUAGGUUCACAGCCUGUGUUCAGCUAAAUAUGUAUAUCCUGUCAUUAAGCAUGUUUUAGAAUACUGAAGCACUGUUGAUUAGAGUAGCCAGACUGCUAUUACUUGACUCCAUACUGAUAUAUUUACCAAAAAUGUGCAGUUACUUCAUAUACCAUGUCAAAGUUCUAUCUAAUCUGUAUCUUGAAUUGCUUGCUUAUAUUGUUGUGGUAUCGUAAGUCUGUAUUUAAUCGCAUGCACAACAAAAAUAGAGAAAUAUAACAUUUUUAAAAAUGUGCUUGUAACAGAACCCCUGUUAUUGCCUAGCCAACAGACUUGAAACAUUUUAACCCCCUGGAUUUGUUACCAGUGUUAUAUUUAAACAUACGAACGGGAAAACAAAUGACAAUGCUAACCCAUUCGUAUAAGCGAACAAAUUGCCGAACAAGAGACCACCCAGCCCAGGCGUGUUCCGCCAAUUACCCUCUUGACUCUGUGCCAAACCGAAAGCAUUCUAAGUGGUUCACUGGGUGGCCGUCCAUUCGUAUGUAUGAACACGUGGUGGCGGCCAUCUUGUUUUGUCGAACGCUUUCAACUGUCUUUGGUCAUCGAGUGUCUGGAACUAUUUUCGGACACUCAAACUCCCGAACACUGCUGAGACUUCCAGAACCACUUAGCUUCGCCCAGAAUUACACGAACGAGGCGGCGUUCGGUAAAAGUAUUGCACAAAGGGGCGGCACACGACCAGCAAACUCACGAACAAAUAAAAAGAAUAACUGUUCGGUAUUUUUAACAUACGAAAAUAGACCGGCCGCACCAGCUGAACGUAUGGAACAAUUUUAGGCAGGAGCCUCGUGUGCGGCCGGGCAGGGAUGGGACUUUCAGCGAUCUCCCGAACCCCUGAACGGAUACAUAUGAUUUUUGAGUAUGUUUGUCUCCUAAUUAUGCUUGUUCAGAAAAUGUAACUUUUAUUGAAAUUGAAUGUGUAGUUUUGGUCUUAUUGUGUAAAAAGUAUAUUUUUCGCUUGGAGGUAAUUGAGUUGAUACAGCAAUUAACUCAAUUAUCUCCCAAGCAGAGGGGAGGAAUGUACAGUAAUUAAUGGGAGUGUUUAACUGUGUAACUGUAAAUGAUUGGUUGUUAAGUUUGUGUCUUCGGUGCCCAACAAGGUCCACGUGGGUGGUAACCUUGUGGGAAAAUGCGUAUAAAAGAAAUGCUUGUGUGCCCGUUAAAACAGUUCUGCUUAACCCACAAUAUGUAGCCUCGUCUCGUUAUUGAAGGGAACCUGCAUCCAGCUAAAUCACUAGCUCUUGUAAGAGCUCUCUACACUCAUCCAGCUGAUGGGAUAUCGGGAAUACUCUGCAGCACAGCCUCUCGCCGGGAAAAGGACGUCUCCAACGGCAUACACCCCUCUCACUAGCUGGGUGGCCAUUACAGUGCUCUUAUUUCUGUUACAAUACCUAUGAUUCCAACUGUUAUUAAUGUGCCUACUCCUGCUGUUGUGGCAUAGUAGGCAUUUGUUUUUCCUGCACAGCAAAAAUAAAGAAUAAAAAAAAAAAAAAAUUUAGGUGGCCUGACAUCUCUUGCUCCCAUUAAUAAGGGUUAAAACUAAUCUUAAUGCCAUCUUAAUGUGUGUAUUAAGGUUUGCACUAUGAUUUCUCUGUUUCUCUUUUACAUGUGAGUUUCAUUCUAACUCUGCAGUUUGGAAACUAUAACUAACAAAUAUUUUGUGAUUGUGGGACCCUGUACUGUAUUUUACCUUUGGUUUAUACAGUUUGCAUGCACUUGGUUCCACUGGGCUCUUAAUCUGGCCCUGAAUCCAUGCAUCUCUAUGAAGAAUGUUCAGCGCCUCCAUGUACAGUGUGGAGACGCUGAAAGUCAGUGCUGUACAUAUGUAACUUAGUAACUGCCACUGGAGAUGUUACUAGGCAGUAAUGUAAACACUGCUUUUUCUCUGACAAGGCAGUGUUUACAUUAAAAAGCAUGCAGGGACAUACUAUACACACCAGAACAACUACAAUGAGCUGUAGCUAUUUUGGUGACUAUAGUGUCCCUUUAAACUCUCUCAAAUCUCAGUUGGGCUUAAAACUUGAACACUAUUGAUACAGGCAAUUUAGGAAACCUUAUAGGGACACUGUAUGCACCAAAACAACAAGCUCCAGUUUUCAGGAAGUCAAGGUGUGUUCCAGAGUAAUCCAGAACAUACUUGUGGAACUUUAAGCAAGGUCUGCCUGGAUGUUGCUAUGCACAGUAUUGUUUGUGAGGCAGGUGUUGUACACGGAUAGAUCUGCACUAUAAAAAGCCCUCUUUCUGAAUUGCUGUGACAGCUCAGGAUGAAGGGUGGUGAUUAGCACUGUGACCGCUAAUUGCCAGACAGCUAUUUUUCAUUUUGCAGAUUGUUGAUUAUGAUAUAAAUAUAGAAACGACUGUUCUGGAGGAGACUGUGUCUCCUAGCACUCAGAAUACAGAAUGUGCUUGAACAAUGGGGGUCUGUAUAGAGUUUUUUUUGUUUUUGUUUUUUUUGUUGUGUUUUUUUUUUGUCUUCAGAAAUAGGACAGAAGCAAUGCAGGAGCUACCUACAUGUCUAAGUAACUUCACUGAAUUGGUUGAUGACCUCAUUGUUAGGUGUAUUUUACUUUUAUCAAUUAUCUCAACUAUAUGUCUCAAGCACUAAUAUGUGCAACAAGUAGUUUGUGAUGUUAGUGUUAAAUCUAUAUACUGCACCAUUGGUCAUUUGCAUCCUUUCAGAAAUUUGUUCAAAGAGCCUAAAACUUGAGACCAAUACUGGGUCGCCUUCAGUCUCCUGUGUCACCACCCUCCCAUGGUUAACCCUUGAUCCCUCCCUUUCCCAUCUUCACAUCCUUCACACCCAAACUACAUCAAAUCCAGUAUAAGCCUUAGCUUGCAUUUCCUCACCAACUGUAUAGAUGAAUUUAAAUAACUUGUGUGUGUGUAUGUAUACAUACACACACACACACACACACACACACACACACGUUAUUUAAAUUCAUUUAUAUACACAUACACACACAAGUUAUUUAAAUUCAACUGUAUAGAUGAAUUUAAAUAGUGUGUGUGUGUGUGUGUGUGUGUGUGUGUGUGCGUGCGUGCGUGCGUGCGUGCGCGCGCGCACACAUUAUUUAAAUUCACUAAAAGGCUCUUGUUCUAGUAGAGGGAAUUUCAGCUGAGAUAUCCAGCCAGAUUAUCAGAACUCCGCUACAAAUAUAAUAUAGUGGGGAAAAAAAUAAAAAUAUAUUAUCAGGCAGACAUGGAUUUGAUUGGCUUUCCACCAAAUUUCAGAAUUUUGGAGAUGCUUGAUGACAGUGACUAUUACUGUGAUAUGUUUUUUGGUUCCAGCAUUUCAGAUACAGCUGACCUGGGAUUUCCAUGCAUCAUAGUCUCUUGACUUUAUAGACAAUUUUUAAAGGAACACUGCAUGUCCCCUCUGACUUAUUUUAUAAAAGUUCCAAUUUCAAGAAAUAUAUCACAAUUCUUGUUCUUACCAGUGUGGCUGGUGUUUAGUAUAAUAUUUUCUUGGCAAGAAAUUGAAGGAAAAGAAGAUCCUGCCUUGUAAUAAACAAGGCUACCUAAUAAAGUGACCCUGAGCCUAUGCAAAUAUAGAUCUCUAGUUCCUCAAAAUGCCAACCACUUCUUUAUUUUUGCAAAACCUAAUUGCUGCUAUCUGCAAUGACAUUAUCCUUAUUGCAACUGGUAAUUUUACUGAGUGGACCUCUGACUUUUAAACUUUUCAGACAGACUAUGAAGGUCAAGCCAAGCAGCUGCUGGAGUUGAUGGAAGGCACAGAUUUGAUUAUUGUGGCCGGGGGAAAUGGCACCUUGCAAGAGGUAAGACAUUGAAACAUCCACUCAUCCACUUAAUCCAUCAACUUCUUUCUUGGUACACACAUCACACAAUGAGGGAGUUUAAUCGAUGAGUUCUGAAAAGUUUAUUUUAUGUUUUUUGUCUCUAAUGUGUGUGUUCUAAAUAUUUUCUAAAAAGUAUUUUUGCAAUUUUUCACAGAAAUGUCCAUGUGAGAAACCCCCUCCAACAAAAUUUAGUGUUAGAAAAAGAUUGAAAGAUUGAUCAAUGUCUCCUGUCCAGGUUUUGCAUUUAUAAAAAAAAAAAAUUAAAAAAAUAUAUGCUGUGCCCUCUUUUGCUGUUGUCCCAUUAAUCUCACUGAAUCCUGGCAAACCUAAAUAAAGGACAGCAUUGCUUUGCUUGGCUGUAGCUUGAGAUACAUUUAUUAAUAUUAUUUAAAAAAAAAAAUUCUUCCACAUAUGACCUGUGAAAUUCACAGAAAUAAUGAUAUGUGUGAGAAUGCAUUAAAGAGACCACUAAUUGGGGCAUAAAUUAAUGAUUAAAUGGCCACAUAGGCUUCUUUGGAUUUUCUAUGUUUGAAAAUAUUAAGCAUUUGUGGAUGCAAUUUGAACUAGGAUCAAUUAAAAUAUUCUGUAUAAAAAAAAGGCCAAGAAAAUUGAUCUAUGAAAAUGACAUGUUCUUGAAACAGUUACACUAAGUAGCAUAAUAUGGAUUUUCAUAGAUAGUGUACUCUGGAACCACUCUCUGUUCUGAUAUCUAAAUUCAUCCCCCUGGCUUGGAAACAUCUAAGGGGGUAUUUUAAAUCCCUCCUCUGAAAUGUAAAUGUUUUCCACAUUGUGCGUGUGCCUCUCUCCUCUGCUUUCGGACAAAGGUCUAUAGAUCAGACCCAACAGACCAGAAUAAAUAGCUCCUAAUUAGUUAAGCCAAUUCCUGGUGUGAGAGGGGUCUGCUUGUAGUCAAAUUCUCUAAAUACAGCUUUGAAGAGAAGAUAUCAUAUAGAUAAUAUUUCUUUUUAAUUUUAUUUACUUUUUAUGCUCUCUAUUAUACAGUAGUAAAUAUGGGGUAUUUUUAUUGGACUUUUAUUUUCCCUUUAAAUAACCAGGUCACUAAUUUUGCUCUGUAAUUUUAGGGGGAAAAUGUCAAAGGUAAAUCUGAAUUUCUGAACUGUAUAGCUAUACAUACCUUUUGAAUAAUUUUUUUUCAAAGGGUCAUGCAUCUUGAAAAAGCUGCAGAUAUCUUGUCUGCAGCCUUUGCCAGCCCUCCCCUUCUUAUCCAGCCCAGACAUUCUAAGGCUGUCCAAUCACAGACUCUUCAAUUAAGCUGAGAAGUCAUCUUUGCAUGUUCUGAACUAUUGCUGCCCUGGGACCCACAGAAGUGACAGGACCGGUUGGUUGGUUGGUUGGUUGGUUGAUUGAUUCACAGCCAGGAGGGUAUCAAGAGUAUAUUUCUAUUAUAAUCUGCACUUUUUUUUUUUUUUUUUAAAUAAAGAGGACACACUCUUCACACAUAAGGAACUUCAGCAAACUAAAGUGCUUUAGGUGUUUGGCGUGCUUCUUUAAAGCAGAACUGUGAUUAUUGGGCUAUUUGCAUUUUUUUUAUCAAAGACCUCUAAGACGGUCUGUCAUCUAACAUGUUGGCACCUGGGGAGUUGUUGAAUAUAUUUACCUGAACCUCACUCCCCUCAUUGCUGCUGUCUUCCUCUUAGUGGUGGGAGAAUAAAUGCUCCCUUAUGUGCCUACACUCUGCUGAACCCACUACAAAGGCAGGUUAAUUUCACUGGUAGUUCAAUUUCCGUUUGUAGUUCACUUUCCUCUCUUGUCUGGCAGCUGCUAAUACUAGCAGAAAUGGAUCUCAGCUGAGAGUUGUUAAAAUCAAGGAAAUUUUAAUAAUUAUAGCAAAGUUAAAAUGACACAAGAACACUCUGAUCCUGGCAUUCAUUGUUUAGAUCCCAAUAUGGCUGGAACAAGCAUUCUGCAAGCAGCGCCUCCUUCAGGCUAGGUGUGUGGGCUGCCUAUUGUUCUACUAGUGUUUUAGUAAUCCAUCUGAAGGUUUCAGAACAAUAAGGAAUGUAUUCUGUUGUAUUUCCAGGUGAUCACCGGACUCCUCCGCAGGGCUGAUCAGGUACUGUUUCUGUGCACUGUGAUUCUGUGCUCUCCGUCAGCUCUAAAUUGGUAGCCAUGUAAAAUAAAACAAAAGAUAUUUCUAUGAAAUCACGUUUUUUUUUGACAAUUUUUGUCCACAUUUUUUUCUAUUCAGUAAAAUAUUUUAUUUCUUUAAUAACUAUAGCUAAACCGUUUUGGGUUGUGAUUUGAAGUAUAAUGUAAACUCAAAUAAUAAGCAUAGUCAUAUCAAUGAGUAAUAUCGAUCAGUCAAUAUCAUGAGUUUACAUAGAUGCCAAUGAACACCUUCAGUUACAUUUCUAUGUCUCAUACCUUGAGAGUGAUGUGUAAGGGGAUUCUUUUGGUUCAACGUUGCAAAAGUUCAAAAGGGUGCAGCUUUCACCAUGGAAACCAAGUAUGCACCUGUAUACUGCUCUACUUUUAAAACACUGUUCCAGAAAUGUUCUUCACAUAUAAUUUGAAUUGUCUUCCUGAUUGUCUACUGAUGUUUUCUGUCUUUGUUCUUUUAAAACGGUUUUCUCAAUGUCUCUUUCCCUAGAAAAUUUUCACUUCCACAAAAUGAUGGAACAAAACAAUAGACAACUCAUGUGUUUUUACUGAGUUUACAGCUGUUUGCGUCACUAUCCAGAUGGCAGUUUCUCACAGCUGAACAAAAAGCUUUUAUGUCAUCAAAAUAGAUAAAUCUAUGUUUUUUAAACAAUGCAUUUUUGAGUUAUUAUAGUGACUCUCACUGCUCUUACAAACUGAAUGCUUAAAGGGACGCUAUAGUCACCAGAACAACUACAGCUUAAUGUGAAUAUAAUAGCUCCCUUCAGGCAUUUUCACUGGAGGGGCUUCCUGGCUCAGGGCUGCACAGUAAGCAGCCCUGCUGUUCAGCGUCCCCACGCUCUGCAUGGAGACUCUUAAUUUUCCUCAUAGAGACGCAUUAAAUCAGUGCAUCUCUAUGAGGAGGUCCUGAUUGGCCAAAACUGAAUUUUUCCCUGCCCCGUGCCGAUUUUAGCCAAUAGGUAGGCUCUCCCAUGGAUUGCCUAAAAAUGUGCCAUUUCGAUGAUGUCACCUGCAGACCUGCGCGGCACCAGAAAUAAGGUGAGUUUUAUACUUUUAGAGGGGGGGGAGUAAAGGAGCAGGGUAAGCCACCUAUAUGGUGGGUUUACCACUAUAUGGUCAGGAAUACAUGUUUGUGUUCCCAACCCUAUAGUGCUCCUUUAAUGUCUUAUUUGUGAUACAGACAGUAGGUAGGCUCUCCCAUGGUUUAAAAGUAUGAGUUUUUUUAAGUUGAGCCUAGUCUCAUCAUCAACUAUACCUUCACUGGUGACUAAAGGUGUAGGAUAUGGUGAUACAUUUCAGCUCCAUCAUAAUCUAGAGAUCUGUUUCUUCAAUAGUAACUAAAGGAAUAGGACAUUGGUAACCAACCUUCAGCACUCCAGAUGUUUUGGAUUACAUCUCCCCUGAUGUUUUGCCAGCAUCAUGGCUUCAAGAGUAUUAUGGGAGAUAUAGUCCACAACAUCGGGAGUGACGACGGUUGCCUUCUCCUGCUUAUAGGUCAUAGUGCUACAUCUCCGCUCCCUUGUGAUAUUUUAGUGAGAACUGUGGCUUCAGUAGGUAUUGGAUCCCAUGUUACAACAAAGGAGAUUGGUGCCAAAUCGUAUACUCUCUUUACCAGCUUGCUACUUUGUAUCUCUUGUAACUCCUCUGUGAAAUCUCUCUUCCCUUCUCUCUCUUUCUUUACGGGACACUAAGCUGCCUUGUGUUUGACAUUUAAAAGACUAUUAAAUGUUUCCUUUUUGAAAAAUAUAAAUAUUCCUUUCGAUACCAUAUAAAAGGGAGGUUGUAGCAAUAAAAAAAAAUAUUUUUAACAAAUCUGAUUGCAUUGUGCCCUAUUCCCACCUCAACUUCUGUCCUGUUUUUUUAGUUUUGUUUGACUAUUUAAAAACAAAUGGACUGUAAUCCAGCAGGAAUAACUGAUCUUUUAAAAGAAGCUCAAAAAAAAAAUCAAAGAGUUUGACAGCAGAAAACCUGUUGACCUUGCUACUUUCUUACCUGAUUUUCAGACUCUUUUUGAUCUAGAAUUUCUUUUAUGUUUCAUAGUCUUUGCUAGGCUGUUUGAAACGUGCCUUCCAUAUCCUGCGCUAACUCAGUUGUGAGCUGUAAUAUAAAUCCAGCAACCUUUUAUAUUUUAACCACAUUUUUUUUCAGCCUGCCACCCACUGGCAAAUCCUGACACUUCUUCCUCUGCAAUAUACUUCCCAGCUGUAGUUUAAGACCUCUAGAAAGCAGAAGAUCCCCUAUAAAUGAGAGAAAUGUAUCUUCUGAAUGUGUAAAGGCUGACUCGUGUUUAAAGGAAGUCUGUCAAGAUUUUGUAGUGUUUUUGUUCUGUUAUUUAACUUGAUACAUAGGACAAAUUGUAGGGGAAAUAUUUAAAAAAAAAAAAAACAUAGAGCUUUAUAUUAUUCUAAUUUCUUGAAUGUUUUGCCAACAGCUUACUUGUUUUAAGAUGGUUGUUUAUUUUGAUUUGCUACACCAUACUUGCUUUUUAUGACAUCAAUUUGCUUUUAAUAAAUGGAACCCCAUCAUGGGAAGCACCUUUUAGCUACUGUAUAAGGUCCAUACUUAUUUCUAGAUGGUACUAUACAAUCUACAGUAUAUGAUUUUCUGUCUCAGAUGUGAUGGUAUUUCAGAAGUGCAUCUCGAUGCAUUCUCACUAUUCCUUUUUUUUCUUAAGCAUUAUUAAAUCUUCUAUAUAUGGUCAAGCAACAGAGAAGUACCCAAUUUGAAUUGUUUCAGUAUGUAGAUUCUCAUGUUUUACACAAUGCUGUCCUCUUAUCCUAAUGACUGCAAUAUCUUAUGAAUUCAAAAACAGAAUUGAUGUUGGCUAUAAUUUACACUUUUUAAUAUCAAACUGUGAAGUCAAACUUAUUAAUUCAAACAGUUCACCUCUAAGACUGUACUUUGAUUGAGGAUAAUUCAAAACAUGCAUUCUUUGGUUUUCUCUUUAAUCAUGUUGCAUUUGUGCUGUGCUUUUAGGCUUCCUUCAGCAAAGUCCCCAUUGGAUUUAUUCCUCUUGGAAUGACUAACACCCUCAGUCGAACAUUGUAUCCUGAGACUGACAAUCAAGUCCAGUAAGUAUGCUCGCUCGCUCGCUCUCUCAACAGUCUUUUGCUGAUGCCUCAGCCUCUAAUUAACGUAUUCACAGACUGAGUACUUUAAGACCUCCUCCCUCCUGUCUAUCUUACCUGGUGGGCUAGUAAGGGUUCGGAGGCCAAUGCUUUAGCAUAUACAGACCUCCGUAGUGUGCUAUUUUGCAGUUGUUGUGUAGCUCAGUAAGUCAGUAUAAGAGGCUACAUUCUGACACUGGGCUUCAUAUAGCUUUGCAGGACACUAUUAAAGUCUACUUGGUCCUGGGGUGGAAACUGUGUUGAUCAAUUAAAUUUAACAUACCUUAAAAUGUUUGUUGUAUUAGGAUAGGCUAUUCGAUGACAAAUGGUGGUAACCCCAUUUGUCAUCGAAUAGCCUAUCCUAUUUUUGUAAAGGGCAACUUUGUUCUCCGUAUUUGAAGUCCACACACAGACUAAACCUCUUUAUGUUUAUGUGUAAAACAGCUUGGCAUUGCAAUUAAAUUGGACCAGUGCCUGUGUCCUGAUUUAAUUGAUGCCCUUGGCAGAAAUACAGUGCCAAGCUAUAAAGCAGGGCUUUUAAGGAUCUGCAAAAGCUGUUUUCCCGUUACCUGCUUGCUACUCCUGUAGAGAAGAGCGAUGAUCUUCUUGGUAACUCUUAUGGUGUAUGUAAUAUAUAUAUUACAGUGCAUUCAGAAAGUAUUCCCUAAUACUUUUCAUAUGUCAGCUAAUGGCAGCAUUAUGGAGAAAUUCAUGUAUUAUAAAAUAAAAAGCCUGUUUUUCCUUAUUGCAAGCACUGUACAAGUAUGAAGCUCCUCAUCUUUGAGGCUGUCAUUGUUUUGCACAAUUUGGCAGGCUAACUGCAGUGUGAAAUGUUAUUGUUGAGGUGCUUUCUAAACUAUGUCAGACAGUAUGCAGUGUAGAUGUGUUACAGAAGUUUAGACCUUGCAUUGUUCCCUUAAAGGAACACUAUAGGGUCAGGAGCACAACAUGUAUUCCUGACCUACAGUGUUUAAAAACACCAUCUAGUCUCUCUUGCCCCCCUGAAUAUAGUAAAACAUUACCUUUUAUUUCAGUCUGCUUGUGCUGGCUCUGCCCCUGAUUCACCUCCUUGGCUGACCUCAUCAGAAGUGGUGAUCUGAGCCAAUGACAAUGCUUUCCCAUAAGAAAGCAUUGGAUUGGCUGAGCUUGUCAAGGAGCCAGAUCAGGGGCAGAGCCAGCACAAGCCAAACACAGCCCUGGCCAAUUCAGUAUCUCCUCAUAGAGUUGAAUUGAAUCAAUGCAUCUCUAUGAGGAAAGUUCAGUGUCUCCAUGCAGAGGGUGGAGACACUGCUCAGUGUGUAGCACUGCUGCCCCAGGAAGCACCUCUAGUAGCCAUCGGAGGAAUGGCCAGUGAAGGUGUUCCUAGGCUGUAAUGUAAACACUUAUUUUUUUUAAUUUUUUUUUAAAGAUAGUGCUUACUGCAAAAAGCCUUAAGUGAAUGAUUAUACUCAACAGAACAAAUACAAUAAGCUGUAGUUGUUUUAGUGACUAUAAUGUCCCUUUAACACUGCCUUUUCUCUUAAAUAAAACAGUGUUUACUGCAAAAGGCCUGAAGGGACUGAUUAUACUUACCAGAACGUAUACAAUAAGCUGUAGUUGUUCUGGUGACUAUAGUGUACUUUUAAGUGUCAUAUGUGUUCUCUUAAACAAAGCUUUAUUUUUUUCCUAUGUGCUAAUAAAACUUUAAGCUUUAUAAAAAAAAAUGCAUGAUUCUUAAUUUUGUAACAUGACAGGUAAUACACACACUGCUUCACAUUUAUUAGCAAUGUUAUGGAAUAUAGUGUUUACUGUCUUAAGGAUGUCCCUUAAGGACACCUGACAUGUCAUGAUUCCCUUUUAUUCCAGAAGUUUGGCCCUUAAGGGGUUAAAAAUGUUUGCAGCUUGUUGGUGAGUAUGGGGAAGGGUUAAUCAGUUAAACCUCAGUUUGCUGUUUUUCCUCAUUGAACCCUAGAAAUCAAAGAAGUAGAGAUUAAUAUGUCAUUGCCUUCUUCUCUAAGGCUUUAUCUAUCGAAGGUUAAUAAAGUGGGUCUUGGCAAACCCAGAGGUCAUUGAUACAUUCAAACUCUGUUGUCAUUGCACUGCUGAUCAGUAAAAGAAAAAAGGCUAAAUUAUUUUAUCAUCAAAGAUUUGACUUAUAUUACUACAAAAGGGCAUCUGUGUGCCAGUAUAAUAAGCAGUGCCCUUCUCAUAGCCACCAAUCUGCCUGAGAAUUGUGUUACACAUUUGUAUUAUAAAUCCUUGUUUUAACAAGAUCCAAUUUACCAGUUUUAUGAAACCUGAACUGGAGCUCUUGGUGAUGUCUUUGUCUCAUUAAAUUUAUGUUUAGAAGCCGACUUUAGUUCAGUAUACCUUGCUUUUAUUUCUUAACAUAUAGUAUUUAAUAGUAUAUUUUUUUUUUUUCCAAUUUACUAGAAAUACCACAACAAAAGCCUGUAUUUAUUGCUGCAUUUUUUCAUUAGGGGUAUAUCUAAACAACAUCUACAGAUCUGCAGCAUUUGCCAACCCCUCUAUUUUUUUUUUCCCUAGCUAAGCCUUUUAGUAAGAAAGUUAUAUCAACGCAUGUGUGGCUUUCAGUCCUCCAGGUUGCCAGCCAGGGAGUCCACAGACAGGAAGUUUGCGGAGGGUUAAAGUGAGCUCUGUGGACACACGCAAGUACACACAUGCGCCAGCAGUCAUACUUUUACUUGGGAGUGAAGGCAGGCACACUCUAGAAAUCAGCACUUAUAGAAACUGCAAUUAAGAUGACAAGUUCUGGACAUAUAAAGCGCUUCAGCAAGCGGAAGUGCUUUAUGUGUGUGCAGUGUCCCUUUAAAUGUAAAAGUCUCCAUGGGAUUAUAAAAAAAAUUCUGAUUUUUAAUGCAAAUAAUGGUUUCUGCUUGUAGAUUAAGAAUUCCUUACUCGUGCUGGCAAGGGCUAUCUUCUUGUUGGUGUUUGUUGAUUUUGUACACCUUAACCUACCUCAGUUUUGCAGGUCUUCAAAAUAUGUGAGGGUUAAGUAUGGGAUGUUCUACAUAUGCCUUACAGAAAUGGGUCUGUCUGAUUUUUCAUGAUAUGGGUAUAAUAGAGCAAAGACAUUCUUUGCAUUUUUCCUGUUGGGGACAAAUUAAUUGUAUCUAGUUGUAAUGUCAACACAGGCUGAUUUGAUGGGCACUAGACAGUAAUUUGCCCUUUAGAGAAGUAUAAGAUCUGUGUGAUGCUUUAAUGUGUCUAUAUAUCUCCUUGUCUGACCUACGCAGACAUGAUUUCUCAUCUUGCUCUACAGUCAAAACAAACGUUGUGGAGGACAUUUUACUGAUGACAACCUUUUCUUCCAGGACUAAUUGACAUUCCACAUUCCCAGAAUGAAAUGUCCACACUGCUCAAGAUCAUAGUUAUUAUCCUGACUCAAAAUGUUGAAGUCUUCAAAAGUGUUUUACAAUUUAAUUCUCCUUUAGUGACUUUUGUUCAUAAAUAAUAGGGUCUGUGAAGCACAAAAAGGAAGAAAAUUAUAAAAAUCUAAGCAGAUUUAUUUUGCAAUGUGAAUAUGCAAAUCAAAUCUAUAUCUGAGAUAUCAGCAAAACUGUAACCAGUUAUAUAUUUUUUUUUUUAUGAUGCAGUAUGUGGGUACCAGCCAGUGCUAGGAGGUGCAGAGUUGAGUCAUCGCAAUUCUUUGCUGUCAGUGUGCAAUGGGGAGUAAUGACUUUGGGAUAUGCCAGUCUGUGCUUGUGUAAUUAUGAUAGCCUACAGCACAAGAAAUAACCAUCCUUUCUGCUUUUGUACCAACUCAUCAAUCCUCCAGACACGCUACACAUUUAUGCAAUAUAUGGCCAUUUUUCCAAGUUUCUUAGUAAUCUCUUUUUGAAGGAAAGAGUAAUGGGUUACACACUUUCAUUAAGGGUCUCUAACAAAUUACAUAAAAAGAAGCACAUUUCUGAAAUAGUUGUUAAUGAAAGGAAAAAAUAGGGACUUUGUAAAAUAAGUCAAGAGCCAAACUGCAACUUAACUCUUGUUGCAUUAUGACUACUAUGAUGCAAGGCCAGCUCAUUGAAACACAAAACUGUUGUAGUACCACUCCUGCGAUUCUUUGCAAGGCGUAAUUAACAGCUGGACUGUUUUUGCAAGUUUUUAUGGGUGCUCUGGAGAUAGAGAUGUGUAACUACAAGCUGUGUUAAAUAAAUUAGCAUGUAUUCAACUAUUUAUUUUGGUUAUGUGGACUUUAAAAAAAAAAAAAAAUGAAAGCAGACACUGAACAGUUACGUUCCACUUGACCCAUGUUUAAUGUCUGUGUGGACAUGGAUGAGCCUCACGGUCAGGAUGCAAUAAAUAGGUAUGGACACCUAGUCCUAGCCUCCUGCUGCUGUUGGGAGUACAGCUCCUCUUAUCUUCUGACUCCCCAGUUCAGAGGUAUUCCCGCAAACAGUGGCUGAAGGUCCAAAAUAAAUGAUGUAACGGAGGAACAUGACUUAACUUAAAAUCAGCCUUUUCCAUUACUAUUGCUAGAUGGCUAGUGCGGAUUAUGUACAUGGUCCUUCCAGGGUAUGCCUAUCUAAAUAGCCAGAUGACAAUACUCCAAAAGCCAGCAUUGCAGACAGCCCAUGUAGUGCCAUCUGGUAUUGCUGGCAUCUAUAUGCAUUAAUGAGUGUCUGGCUGAUUUUUGUUUGUGAUGUCUGUAAUUCUGACUUUCAGGCUUAUCUCAGAAGCAACACUUUCUAUUCUGAAAGGAGAAACAGUCUCUCUUGAUGUGCUUCAGAUAAAGGUAAGAAAGGGAUUAAUAGAUGGAAAAUAAUCGUUUUUUGAGGAACCUGUUCAAUGAACCUUUCUAUAUCGUGACAUUAACCUUGUUUUCUCUGUGUAUGCUUAUAAUAAUAAAUUCAACAUUAUUAAAAUUAUCAUGUGAAACAGAAAUUGUACUGGGAUGUAUGUAAAGAGCAAGUUGCUAAAGCAUGUCAAUGCUCAUCCACCGCAAAUGUUCAACGUUUCUUGAAAUACAAAUCCUGUUAUCAUUAUUUCAGGAGAGUUGAAGGUCCGUAUAUAUCCAUGCCUGCUUAUUUUUCUGGUCAAUGUAUGUGUAACAGGAGUUAAUUCAUUACACUUGUUUUGAUUGAUUGGCCUCACCUCCAUCUCCCUUGCCCUGCAGGGAGACAAAGACCAGCCAGUGUUUGCAGUAAAUGGGUUAAGAUGGGGAAGCUAUCGAGAUGCGUCUGAAAAAGCCAGCAAGUAAGCAUUGAUAUGUGUAACGAAUCUGUUACUGAGAAAACAGAAUGCUGUACAGAUGGUGAAGACAAAUUAAUCCACUAGGGGGCUUCAUUUUUUUCCCCCCGAGUUACACUGAGCUCCAACUCACCUGCCUGCUGCAUUAUAUUAUGUUUACGCUGCCCUCGUUUGCAGCUGCUGUUCAGAAGCAAUCAUUUUAUGUCUUUUAAUAUGAAAUCCGCAAAGUGGGACAUCUGUGAGUGCAUGUCUUAAUUUUCCAUCAAACUACAUAUAUAUAUAUAUAUAUAUAGUGUUAAUCACUAAAUCCCAAGAUGGGAAUCACCGAUAAAAGACAGGCUGUUUUUGGUUUUCAGUUUUCGCUGGGUGAAUUAAAUAAGCUUCUCUCGGUAUCCACUUGAAUAUUGGGCUUUGCAGCUGUGUAGUUGAUGAGGCACCCAACCCAUUUCAACACUGUGAUAACUUGAGCUAGACUACAGAGGUUUUGAGUUGAUACCCGAGGUGAUAAUUUUCUGUUCCACUAAUUCACUUAGUUUAAUAAAUACCUUAAGGUAGCUCUAGAAUAAGAUAUCCAGUUAAUCUGGAUAUCACUUCACGUACAGUUUUAUCUAUUUACCUAGAAAAGUGAGAUUCCUGCUUUGUGCUGUAAUUUUAUGGGAGUUAUUUUUUGGGGGGCAUAAAUAAGAUCACAAAUGUUUAUCCCAACGAUAAUAAUGUGAAAGGUUUCAAAGUAUUUCAUUUAAGAUGGUGUUGGGCAAUUCGUUUGAGUGAUUUCUUAGAAACAGUACUGUAUUUUUUAUGAAUUCAUUUUUAUUUGGUAAAAACCCCCGAUUGCUUUCACACAUUGUGGUUUAUAGAGCUGUACUGAAUGUAGCUAGACAACUAGUUGCCUUUAAAUCCUCCAAGAGCCAAGCUCAUUAUGUGCUACAUGUAAAGAUAUAAACGCCAUCCUGGCUAUCUUCCUAUCUCACGCUGUGCCUUGUCCUGACUCGUUUAUACAGAUAUUGGUAUCUUGGGCCGCUGAAGACACGAGCUGCGCAUUUGUUUAGCACGCUUAAGGUAUUGUGGGCACAAUUUCCUAUUAUUUCUUGACAGUUUGCAGCCUGGAAAAAUCAGACAUUGAAGAUAUAGAUUACCUUGUCAUUGCAAUGAAUUAAUAAAAAUAUUUUUUCCUCCUAAAUAUUCACCAGAUAUUUAUUAUAAUAAACCACAACACCAAAGGAUUAGUGCCCCUAAUAAACUCUUUGCUGUUUUUCUUUUAAUUGGUUCGUGUAAGUGUUAUGGCAGUGUAUAACUUAAUAAUUAGUUUCAGUGUACUGUAGGGGUUGAUGUUCAGUUUUAGUGUAGUGUAGGGACUAACUACAAAGACAAAUAUGUCCAAAUGCUUUCUGAGAUUAGUGGAAGUUAAAAUCCCAGGUGGCAGCUAUUUCAGCUGACAGUUAAAAUGGCGGCAAGUGUCACUCUUGCAGGCCUAGACAUAAGGUGAUUGUGCAUUUAGGGUAAUAACUGCACAGGUGACAUCAUCAUAAGAGUAGUAAUGGAUUCUAAAACAUGGUCUCCUGUUGAGAUAAAACAUGACUUGACCAACAUUCCAAUAGACAGGUCAUGUUUUAGUAUCCAGUAACCCCUUCAUAUCCUGGUUCUCUCCACCACUCCAACAAAAAAGUAAAACAAAGUACUCUCACAUUCCAAUGCUUCUCCUCUAAUGUAACAUUCCUUGUCUGGUAAAGGCAGAAAGGGCUGUGGGGAGCACAUGGGCGGCAUGGAGUGUGGGCUGUGCUGUUAUUCCUUCCCUGGGCUGUGUCACCAGCAUGCAGUGCGAGCUGAAUACAGACACCAAACAAGCACAGAACCUCAAACUGUUGUUCUGUCCUGACCAAUAGUGCUGCCAGAGGUAGAGUUACACCUCUGGAAGAAGAGGGGGUUAAAUAUAUCAAAAGGCUGCACAUACAGACUCCAAACACCGGGAAGUCACUGACUGGUCAUGGUGCUUGGAAUAUCCUUGUAAAUAUAUGUAUGUAUGUAUGCAUUUUUGGGUUCAUACUUGGGAUUUGAAUAGAAGCGUCUAAUCACCCAGAUCUAGCAUUCUAGAAAAUACUUUAGUCUUGUUACUAUACUUUGUAGCACUUCUAUUCUUUUUGUCCCCAUUACCACGCCUUAGUCAUAAAGUGUCCAUUUGCAGUUCCUUAUAUGCCAGAGCAUCUGGAAGACUUAUAACUUUAUAUGUAUUUAUAACCUCAAACCUACUCGAAAAUAGAAAACAACCUAGGUCUUUCACAAUGGAAUAAAUGAUCAGGAAAUAAAAGUUAAAACUGAACAUAUAAUUUGCUAAGAAAGAUUUUAUUUUUUGACAGUAUUGGUAUAUUUAAGCCUAUUAAUGUUCUAUUCAUUUGACAUGCCAUUAUGCAGAUAAUGGUGGAGUACUUGAAUAACCUUAAGCAAUUGCAUCAACAAGUGGAGGCAGUAUUUGAUUGUGAUUACAGCUUAAUCGAAUCCAUUCUUUUAUUUUGCUUGAUGUUUAGGAGUGGCCCCAGAGACACCAAGCCUCUAUCUUAUUCCUGGGACCCACAGAAAGACCUCCAGAAGAACCUGAACAAAAGGCAACACGCCCUCCUUUGCAUAUCCGGAUAUAUAGAAGACUGGCUUUGUAUUGGGCAUCUCCUAAAAUUGGUAAGCUCAUCUCAAUACUCAAAAUUGCUGCUGCUAAAUAAUAAUUUAGGCCUGUAUUUAAAAAGGAUCUCUUGAGGUUUAUUUUUUAUUUUUAGAAAAGUAAAAUAUUUUGGAAAUAUUCUACCAACUCAGCUGUAGUGACAGCUUGGCUAGUUUAUCCUAAAUGUUACAGUUCUGUUUGUUUGUUACUAUUCAGUGUGUACUGAAUAAAUCCCUUCAUGUUUGUUAUUGUACACUGCUCAAAAAAAAUAAAGGGAACACUUAAACAACACAAUGUAACUCCAAGUAAAUCACAAUUUCACAUCUGUGAAAUCAAACUGUCCACUUAGGAAGCAGCACUGAGUGACAAUCAAUUUCACAUUCUGUUGUGCAAAUGGGAUAGACAACAGGUGGAAAUUAUAGGCAAUUAGCAAGACACCCCCAAUAAAGGAGUGGUUCUGCAGGUGGUGACCACAGACCACUUCUCAGUUCCUAUGCUUCCUGGCUGAUGGUUUUUGUCACUUUUGAAUGCUGGCAGUGCUUUCACUCUAGUGGUAGCAUGAGACGGAGUCUACAACCCACACAAGUGGCUCAGGUAGUGCAGCUCAUCCAGGAUGGCACAUCAAUGUGAGCUGUGGCAAGAAGGUUUGCAGUGUCUGUCAGCGUAGUGUCCAGAGCAUGGAGGCGCUACCUGGAGACAGGCCAGUACAUCAGAAGAUGUGGAGGAGGCUGUAGGAGGGCAACAACCCAGCAGCAGGACCGCUACCUCCGCCUUUGUGCAAGGAGGAACAGGAGGAGUACUGCCAGAGUCCUGCAAAAUGACCUCCAGCAGGCCACAAAUGUGCAUGUGUCUGCUCAAACGGUGAGAAACAGACUCUGAGGGCCCGACCGAUAUUGAUUUUUUUUUAGAGCCAAUACCAAUAAUCUGUGAACUUUCAGGCCGAUAGCCGAUAACUUGCCGAUAUUCUGUACAUUUACCAUUUUGAAAAAGUAAACUAAUUCUAAAGGUAAAUGCACAAAAUAUACAUGCCACAUGUAGUGGAUGAAGUGUGUUUAGACAGGGGAGCUGUGUGUGUUUAUGUAGUGUGUGUGUGUGUGUAGUGGAUGCAGUGUGUAGUGUGUGUGUAUAUAUAAUCAAUGCAAAGUGUGUGUGUGUGUGUAGUGUGUAUAGUGAAUGCAGUGAGUAUUUGUGUAGUGUGUGUGUAUAUAUAGUGAAUGCAGUGUGUGUUUGUGUAGUAUGCAGAGUGUGUGUGUGUGUAUAGUGCAUGUAGUGUGGGUAAAGUGAAUGCAUUGUGUGUUUGUGUAGUGUGUAUAUAAUGCAUUGUGUGUUUGUGUAGUGUGUAUAUAAUGCAGUGUGUGUGUGUAGUGUGUGUAUAAUGCGGUGUGUGUAUAUAAUGCAGUGUGUGUGUUUGUGUAGUGAUGUAAUUUGUGUAAAAUGGGGGAGGGGCAUUUAAAAAAAAAAAUGUUAAUAUUAAAAAAAUUUUUGUUUUUAGUUUUUUUUAGUCCCCCCUCCCUGCUUCUUACCAGGGUGGGGGGAUAUAUUAUUCCCUGAUGGUCCGGUGGCUUGUUAAGUACUGGGGGGGCCCGCAGGAAGCUGUUUCUUACUUUUCUUGCAGCUCUUCCAGCUCCCCGGUGUAAAUCUCGCUGCCCUUAGUGCCAUGCGGAGCGUUGCCAUGGUAACCCGUGGCAACGCUCUGCAGCCGCGAGAUCUACGCUGGAUUUGCUGCAAGAAAGGUAAGAAAUAGCUUCCUGCAGGCCCUCCCAGGACCGCCGGGCUUGUAAUGAGCCUGGCGGUCCUAGGAGGUAUUAUCAGCAAUAACUGUAUCUUUAUUGGCCGAUACCAAGAUUGACGAAAAUACAGAAUAUCGACCGAUAAUAUCAGUAAAACCUAUAAUCGGUCAAUCCCUACCGACGUCCACAGGUGGGGGGUUGUGCUUUCAGCCCAACACUGUGCAGGACGUUUGGCAUUCGCCAGAGAACACCAAGAUUGGCAAAUUCACCAGAUGAAAGCAGGUUCACGCUGAGCACAUGUGACGCCGUGGAGAACGUUCUGCUGCCUGCAACAUCCUCCAGCAUGACCGGUUUCUCAGUGGAUCAGUAAUGGUGUGGGGUGGCAUUUCUUUGGGGGGCCGCACAGCCCUCCAUGUGCUCGCCAGAGGUAGCCUGACUGCCAUUAGGUACCGAGAUGAGAUCCUCAGACCCCUUGUGAGACCAUAUGCUGGUGCGGUUGGCCCUAGGUUCCUCCUAAUGCAAGACAAUGCUAGACCUCAUGUUGCUGGAGUGUGUCAGCAGUUCCUGCAAGACGAAGGCAUUGAUGCUAUGGACUGGCCCGCCCGUUCCCCAGACCUGAAUCCAAUUGAGCACAUCUGGGACAUCAUGUCUCGCACCAACGUCACGUUGCACCACAGACUGUCCAGGAGUUGACAGAUGCUUUAGUCCAGGUCUGGGAGGAGAUCCCUCAGGAGACCAUCCGCCACCUCAUCAGGAGCAUGCACAGGCGUUGUAGGGAAGUCAUACAGGCACGUGGAGGCCACACACACUACUGAGCCUCAUUUUGACUUGUUUUAAGGACAUUACAUCAAAGUUGGAUCAGCCUGUAGUGUGUUUUUCCACUUUAAUUUUGAGUGUAACUCCAAAUCCAGACCUCUAUGGGUUGAAAAAUUUGAUUUCCAUUUUUUUAUUUUUGUGUGAUUUUGUUCUCCGCACAUUCAAAGAAUGUAAAGAACAAAGUAUUUCAGAAGAAUAUUUAAUUCAUUCAGAUGUAGGAUGUUUUAUUUUUGUGUUCCCUUUAUUUUUUUGAGCAGCGUAUUUUGGAUAGACUACCUACUAGGUAUGUGCACAUAUUUAUUGUGGGAGGCCAGGACGAACAAAAUACCUAUUAAUCCAUAUACGGAUGGUCUGAUCCAUCCAAGAUUUACAUGAGGAGUCUUAAUAUUCCUUUUAACAUAGGCAAUUGUACACUUUCUGAACCAAAAUAAAACCCUGAAUUUGAGGUAGAGGUUUGUUCUACUAUAAUUUGAGGGUUUCUCUUUUAGUGCCUCCAUACAUUUUUUUCUUGGAUUUAUCCCUGCACACAGCAAAAAUAGGAUGUUCCAUGCCACUCUACAGGCUUUAAAGCCUAAUUUAUGUGGAAUGCAAUAGAACGCCCAAACGGCAUUAGGGGGUUAACCCAAUAUUUUCUUAAGUCUCCUCCUGUAAAUCUUGGAUGGAUCAGUCCAUCCACAUAUGAAUUUAAAGACAUUUCAUUCAUCCGGGCCUCCUGGACUGAAUAUUUGGAUAUGCCCACAGACUAGUUAACAACCAUUUUUCAGAGCUCCCAUGUACUGACGAGAAAGGAGCAGCAAGCAUAUCCAAAGACAAUUCUGUACUGAACUAUAUCCAAGAAAAGAUCAGAGCACAUUUCACAGUACAUUCAGAUGCAGCAAAGAACUUCCCAUUCUGAACUUCCAGAUGUAAUGAAAGGCAGCUUACCUGAAACAGAGGGACCUCGUGCAUCAUGUCUAACUUUAAAGGGUUAGAAUAGGAGAAAUUUUUCUGUGUAAAAUUUCUUGGGCACUAUGGACGAGGUCCCCCCACUCUAAUUGCAAUAAAACCUAAAAAAAAUAUAUAUUUUACUUACCUGGAAUCCAGCACAGGGCUAAGCUUCCGGGACUGCCUUCCACUCCCUGUCCUCAUGUCACUAGGGCAACACUAGGUGUAAUUGGACCAAUUGCUGGCUCAGGGCACAUGCAUGCAUGGGGAAAGAGAGUGUGGUGAAAGGAGCAUUUAAAAAAAAAAAAAAAACCCAUAACCUCAAAUGGAGGGAGGCAUUGGAGGGGAGAGUUAGCUGACUGCAAGAGAAAGAUGUUGAUGUCUCUUGGCAGCAUGCAGUGCUCACUGCUGACAGACAUUAAAUAUGCACAUAAUUUACAUUAGGCCGCCUGGAACAGAGUUCUGGGCUGCCAAUGUCACGUGUUCUCCGGGUGCAACUAGCCCUAGCACACAAUUAAAAAUAUCUCAGGAUGUACAGUGUUUCCAGUGUACAUCCAGUCUCCUACCACCAUGACCACUUCAAACCAUCCUUUAAGAUUAUAGGAUUACCUUUCAUGUCAUAUAUCAUGGGGGGGAAAAAGGGUCCUGUGUCACUUAAUUUUUUCUUUCCAUUUCAGGGUCAGUUGGGUGUAGUACUUUUAAUCUAAAUAUACUACACUUAUAUGCCUUUCUAACUCAUUUUAUUCUUUUAUUUCCCAGAAGUUCAAGUUGAACAACCUGCAGAACCUUGGCAGGAAGAGCAACUCUCUGGAGUGGAACUGUCCAUUACCACACAGAACCAUCAGCCUAACCUCGGCGUAAGAACUGUAUAUGCUCCACAAAUAAAGCACUUUAAUAGUAGUAGCAAAGUGUUGCCUUUCUCCUUUGUAUCAUGGGGCAGUUUUUGUAGAACACUGUGUGUGAAUAUUAGGUUCAUAUUCUGCCUCAAUAUCUACACCAAAAUAAGAUACAUAAGAGAACACCAGCAAAUAUAUCUCUUCAUAGUGCAAAAGGUGGAAAUAUUAAAUUGCAUCUGUCACCCUAAACUUACCUUUCUCAAAUUGAUUCCUCUUCCUCUCUAUGAAUAUUUUGUUAAUUUCUGAUCUUUUUCUCAUUAAAUACAUAAGACAAAAUAUGUUUGCACUAUAUUUUUAUACAUUAUCGAUUUAUGUAAAACUUCUUUACAAACAUGCAGUCAGAAUAGAUGAAAAUAGAAAACAAUGGGAAUAUUUAGCAUUUUAUUUUGGUAGUAACCCUCGACAUAUAUAAUUUGUCUUUGACUUUUUUGUAUUUUAAAUAAGCUUCAUUCAUCCUCUUUCCUUCAGCGCACCCUCGAUUCCAUGAAUAUCUGCAUUGAACCAGACUCUCUAAGUAGAGGAGACUUCAUUAAAAAAGGGUGAGUUUUUCCCAUAUUCUGUUCUUAUAUAAUUGAGCUUUUAACUGCAAAUAUUUGUAGUAAAAGGAUGCAUCCCCAGCUCAUUAUUAUCAUGUGCUUUAGAUUUUAUUUCUACUAAAAAUAUAUUACCAAACAUAUAAUGUUAUGCAUCUGCUCUUCUUGAUGGCUUUCAAGGUUAAUGUCAAAGGAUGUUUGUUUGUUUUUCCCCAAAAAAAAUGUUUUAAGAAACUUCAGAAAACACAACAUUUUUCUGCCUCCACCCCCCUUUAAUAAAAAUAAAGGCCUCUGCUGCUCCUUCCUGAUUGCAGAGACCUAAUGUGCAUGCGCGGUGAUCGCAUUAGGGCAGCCCCCAUAGGAAGCUGCGCCACAAAUAUACACUAAUACAAUAAAAAUACUGCAAACCGUGAUGGAAAACACAGUAUGUAUAGGUAAAUAAAAUAGUCCAAAAAGUUCCCCUUAAAUAAGUUGAAGUGCAGUUAGAAUUCUCUGAUGAGCGGUAAAUUCUUGUAUGGAAUAGUAAGAUGAAUAGAAAAUUUAUUUAGUGGAGUUUUAACCAGCUCUAGUAUUUGUAGCGUACAGUGGUAUAAUCCCCACUUACAGAAUGUAUUUGUAGAUAUCAGUAGGAGAAACAAUAUCAUGGAACACAGAAAAGAAGUAAAAGGGGGGGGCAGAGCCUGGACACGAGACGGGCUGGAUGCCAUUUCUGCGGGCUCCGACAUCUACGGACCGAAUCCGCUCAAUAUCAGCCCGCAGCCCUGACAUCCAGCUGCAAGAACACCGGCAUAGCACGGGGGAGAUCCCCCGGAUUCUUCCGAUGCCCUUCCGGUACACCCCGAAGCAGGCAAAGUCAAAACACAGAGCACGGGCCUACCUUCCAUCAGCCCACCACGGCCUGGAUUACCUGUUCGGCGGGGACUUCCUAGAAGACGAGUGGGACACAUCCCAGCACAACUCCGAACACGGAAUCUCAGGGAUUGGACGCAGAUCCCAGAAACCUCAACCAGGUACAGCUCAGCCUGAUAUAAGCACAAUGCUCCAGAGGCAAACACCCGCCAAAAUGGCGGCCGCACAAGGCCCAGACUCCCCACUAGAAUCUGACUUAAGGGAGCAAAGCACACAGGGGGUUCCAAGGCUACAACCCACACCCCAGCAGGGUACCACUGAACCGGCCACUAAACAGGACCUGCAGCAUAUGCAAAUUAUGCUGCAAGAAAUCCAAAGCCUGCUGGCUGCAGAUUUACCUGCCCUUAAAACAAGCAUGCAACAAAUCACUGAAAAAGUAGUACACACUGAGAGAGAAGUGCAGGGGAUCCAAAAAGAAAUCACCUCGCUGCAAGACUCCCUCACACAACUACAACACAAUCAACAAAACUUCGAGGUUCAACUAGCAGCCCAAGAAGACAAACACAGACGCAAUAACAUAAAAAUCCGAGGUAUCCCUGUCACAGUCUCCAAAGAGGACCUACCUCACUAUGUGAGACGGCUCACGCAAGCUAUACUUCCUCCUGCGGUGGCAAAGAAACUCACCUUUGCCGGAAUAUACCGACUACCCACCCCAACAAGGGCAUCUACACUCCUAGCAGGAGACGUCAUAGUCCGCUGCAUCCUUCCCCAGGAUAGGGGGCACAUAAUGUCGGCACUCAAGGGCAAGACACCGCUCAACUUCGAGGAGUCUCAACUGACUUUUUACCAGGACUUAACCAGAGCCACUCUCCAAUGGAGAAGAACCCUCAGUGACUUCACCAGCCAGCUACGUUCCGCGGGCGUAUCAUAUCGGUGGGGAAACCCACGCCACCUCCUGGUCACACACCGAGGAAACACGUACAAAAUCGCUACAGGACCUGAUGCUGCCGCGCUACUACCAAAAUUGGGCCUGCCGACCGAGCACGCCCAGAACGCUACCCAUGCCUGGGACCCGGAGACGAUAGAGCCGUUCACCCCGAGGACACGGAGAAGGGACACUCACGCCACAUGACGGGAAUGAGGGGAGAAGUCUCCUACUCCAUCCCGCUCAAAGGCUAAAAACGGCAAAAUGUAUUUUCUUGUGUUUCUCUCAUAUACCCUUUCACCUUCAGCCACUUAAGCUUUGUUGAUAAUGAGCAAGUUAAUCUGACGCUCUAACACCCAUAUGACGCGCUGUGAGCCUGUCAGGGACGGCGCUGGAAUACCAGUGCACUAAAGGAAUAUGCACUACCAUACAGAACAGAAAUCCCCCCCCCGACAGCCCCUAGGUUAGGGCUACUACCCCUCGAGAGUAACUCAAACGGACCACGGAUAAGGCCCCCUGACAAGAUACUCUCACGACUAACCGACUGACACCACAGACCACUUGAUAACACCACAGAUAGAUCUAGCACUCUGAAACUAAAAAUAAGUUAUAAGUCUUACGCAAAAUAAGUCUGGAGCACAUAGUUCGCAGCCUGGACUGGGUGGCAUACGUGAUUUGGGGGGGCCAGCUUGCCCGCAACACUCCUGUCCCAUAACUAUCCAUGAGCAAACAAUCUAGUAUUCAUGGGAUUGCUGGGGGUGGGAUGCGCGGGCUGGCUGGCUACUCUCCAAAUUGCUGCCGCUAAAUUCGGUUGGGUCGCGCUAGGUGUCGACUGAAGCAUAGAUUUAACCAAGUGUAGAUGAAACACGGGACACGUACACCCAGAAUGAGGCGACUGGGCAGUGUGAUUUUCAAAGCAAAACCAGCCCAAAGUUUGGACAGGCACUGCUCUGUCCUGCGGCCAGGGCUGAUAACACUUAAACGCAUGUAUAUACCUAACAAAAAUCUAACCUGAUGGUUAACACGCACACUAGCCCCUGCUCCCUAACCUGAAGGUCUCUAUCGGAACAUAAUCUCUCACACUCACGCUGGAACAGUGCUAUACCACUAACCACUCUUCUCAUAUAUAUAUAUAAAAAUGUGCAAAGUUAUUCCUGCCAUACAAUUGUAUUUAUAUGUCUACUCAAACCCUGGCGACAGCUGUUUUGGCACCGCUAGAAAACUGUUACAUGAAUAAUCUAUGCACGAAAAAUAAAGAAUUUAAAAAAAAAAAAAAAAAAGUAAAAGGCAGAAAUAGUGCUCUCUGUAGAAUAGAAGUACUUAAAAUAAAGAUGAUUGUAAAUAUUAAAAAAAGGUAGAGCAGAUGUUUUGUUUUGCUGUGACCAAAUGACAAAACCUCAUAUUCUUAUGUGUGUGCUGUUUGUUUGUGUGAGCACAAAAAAAAAAACCUUUGCAGGAAGGAGAUGAAAAUAAUUUAUAUAGGAUAAUCAUUCUUCAAUGCGGUUUUAUACUCUGUCUCUGGAAUGGUAUAUUUUUUACAUUUUGGCAUGUUUUCUUUGAUUACAGAAAUUGGGCCUCCUUACUGAGUGUCUCUGGAAAGGGGAAAAGGGGUUAAAGUUACCUUUUUCCAGCGCUGGGCGGAGAUCUCUCCUCCUCCGAUCCUCCUUCUCUCCUCCCCGUCGGCUGAAUGCGCACGCGCGGCAAGAGCUGCGCGCGCAUUCAGCCGGUCACAUAGGAAAGCAUUCAUAAUGCUUUCCUAUGGACGCUGGCGUGCUCUCACUGUGAAAAUCACAGUGAGAAGCACGCAAGCGCCUCUAGUGGCUGUCAAUGAGACAGCCACUAGAGGAUUAGGGGAAGGCUUAACCCAUUCAUAAACAUAGCAGUUUCUCUGAAACUGCUAUGUUUAUGAAAAAAUGGGUUAACCCUAGCUGGACCUGGCACCCAGACCACUUCAUUAAGCUGAAGUGGUCUGGGUGCCUAGAGUGGUCCUUUAAGUAUUUCUGUAUAUUGUUUUAUCUGAGCUAGAAACAUGUUUUGUUUUUUUCACAGCAUUGUGAAGGUACAGGACCCGCUAUUGUGCCUGGAGGGCAGCCAGGUGUUCCAUGCCAGCCGCUGUAGAAUGCAACUUCCACAGGUAAACAAUCUUUGAGUUGGGAUUCAGAUAGCGUAAGAGCUAAUGAAGUGUUGGAGCAGAUGACAGGCACCAUGUCCUUUUUAAAAAAAAAAAAAAAAAAUUUAUAUAUUUUUUUUGCAUUAAUGUAUCCUAUGCAUUUAGAUUGUAGUUAUUCAGAUUUUAAGGAAAUACAUUGCAGAAACUUAUUUUUAAUCUUGUACACACUGACAUAGUCAUUCACUAAAUCAGAUAUAUCUGAAUUUCCCAUGGAAUUUAAACUUUUAAGACAGAAUAGUUAAGCUGGAAACAUUGUCCAACUCUUUGUUUCCUGCUCAGCAAUUUUGGUCUAAAAUAUGAAAUUCCUUGGUCAAUUCCCAUUAGUUCACGGUUUAGUGAGUAACUGUGUCAAUAGGUAGAAGAGUAACUCUGCACCUGUUUGACAUUAACCGAUGUGCUAUAACGUUUAAUCCAAAUUAAGCAACCAUUAUUAAAUCAUCUAUGAUAAGCUUAAAUUUACUUAACUUAUCAAUCUUUAAGAUGUCAAUUACUUAAUACACAUUUAACAUCUGUGACUCUUAAAAUACUUGAAAUGUGCCAGACAACACAUUUUCUUUAAAUGUUAUAGGGUACCUGAAGAACUGUAUAAUUGUUAUUUAAAUUUAGCUCUCUGUGCUCACAAAUCUACCUAUGUGCAUUUUGUUAUUUCAUAGAAAAACUUGUUUGACCAUUUUCUGUGAUUGGACUGUUAAAUACUAGAUACAUUUUUCAAGGCUUUAUCUUAUUGCAGCCUGGGGUAGAAUAUUUCUAAGUGGCUGGAAUAGUUAAAACAAUGACUUGGGUCCCAGCGGAAUGUUUUGUACAGUGUGAUCGUGCGGGAAAAGCAGUCCCUGGUUAUGUGUAACAUUCCCAUAUUGCAGGUCUGAAAUAAGAUAUGCCUGUGGAGUGCUUUGAUACCAACCAUAAAUAAAUGAUAUUGGUUAAAACAGCAUAUGAAUAAAUAUCUAAAUCACAUCACAACUGUGCUGAACAAAUUAAAUGCCUGUUUCCUGUAGAAACAAAUUGAUUUGAUUCGUUCAGCACAUAUGAUUAGGAUUUGUGCACAAAUGUACUUGCAAUCCAUUCAUGGGAAGCACAAACUGCUCACAGUCAAUCUAAUUCAAUACUGAUGAGGAUUUAAAUUAAUAAAGUCUGUAAGGUUGGUGAUGUUUGGGAUUGGUGGGAGAAUCUCUUGCUCUAAAAGAGUGGAAUCAUUGAGUACAAUUAAUACCAGUAAUGGGUUGUGAUGGACAGAUAUCCUAUGUCUUUUUUCCUUCCUUUAGGAGACUGAGGGACACUACAGUAUAGACUCUGAAGAAUAUGAGGCAAUGUCGGUAGAAGUUACACUCUUGCCACGCAAGCUUCGGUUCCUAUGUCAUCCAACAGUAAAGCAGCAGCUUAGUCAAAGCUCCUGAGAGACAGUACUAUCCUAGAAUUGCAUAGCAGUGGACUGGCUGCCAAUGCAAGGCCUUCAGGAAGGAUAUUGAGGGAUAAUGCAAAUGAGUUCAUAAAAUGAUCCACAUCUGACAAUCUAUAGGAAGUCAACCGCACAGCUAGGGAUGACCGCAGCCAUGGCAUCCUUGUUGAAUAAGAGAUCUCAGUGUGUGUAACUGAAGAACAUUUUCUGUGAAAUACUGUUAUGCAUUUCUUAUUGGGACUAAUUCUAUAAAGCUUGAACUGGAAUUAGUGAUGUGUAAAUUGAUUAGAUAAAUACCAUAAAGCAGAGUUUGUUUUGACUCAUGGUUACAUAGCUGAAAAGCUGAAGAGUCUCAGGUUCAGCCUUUCCCAUUGUUUUUGCUGUUGUUCCAAAAGAAGGCAAAAACCCAGUUUAAAAAUCUUUGAUUUUGCAACAAACUAGGAGAAAAAAUCCUUGACCCCAGAAUGACAAUCCGAUCUCUUCUGGUAUCAAGAAGCUAUUACCUCACAAAUUAACCCGUUAACGCUGUUACGGUGUGCUAUGCCAUCCCGGCGUUAAUGGGCUUAAACGCCGUUAGAGUGGCAUAGCACGCCGCAGCAUUUAAGCCCACCCACGUUUCCCCAAUCCCUCCCAAAAUGCAGUACGCGGUGGGGGGGCCAGGUCCCCUGUGGCCAGUGGCGAUCUGGAGUUUGUGAUCGCAGUGACAGCAAGUCACUGCGAUCACUGUUACAAUGUGUCAGCCAAUGAUUUUAAAUCACUGGCUGACACAUUGUCUCUACCCUCUCCUCACCUCACUUCGAUCUGAAAGAGAGAGGCAGAGAGAUCGUUGCUGGUAAUCCCUGUAGGAGAAAUAAUUGUAAAAAAAAAAUUUUUUUAACCCUUUCAGUGCUGAUCACAGCAUUAACACUGUGAUCAGCCUGAUUAGGGCUGUUAGUACAUUUGUACUAUUACAAAAAUAAAAAUUAGGGUCAAAGUUUUUUUUUUUGUUUACCCUUUGUCAGCCGCAGCAACCCAAAUCUACCCUAACCCCUUCCUUGCUGCUGUGAUCAGAGGGCUCUCUGAUCAGGCUGACUCUUUCUUUGGUGUUAUUUUUAUAAAAAAAACAAAAAUAAUAAUAAUAAUUAUAUAUAUAUAUAUAUAUAUAUAUAUAUAUAUAUAUAUAUAUAUAUAUAUAUAUAUAACCCUUUCAUUACUGAUCGCAGCAGUCUAAACUGUGAUCAGUACUUUUUGAGGGUAGGUAGUGGGUGUUAUGCAGGUAGGAAUUUUGUAAUUUCCCCCUAGUUUUUUUAAAUUAAUUAUGGAUUAGUCCCCCCUAGAAUGGCACGUCACUACUCAGCAGAAGAGGCAUACGCCAUUCUGGCAGGCAGUGACAGUGACACUCUGCAAGACAGUGACACUUAUCACUGCCUCUGACAUUGAGCCUCUGAUUGAGUCCUCAAGUGGUGGUGCCCCAACACUACCUUCAAGAGGACGCUCAGCAAGUCCAAUGCCAGACGGAGACUGGGUGCUCCCAAACUGGACGUCGCCAGAAAUACCCCCAUUCACGGCAACCCCUGUCAUCACUGUUAUGGUGAAUGCUUGGGAGCCAAUUUUGAUCUGUUCAUGUCGGAAGACAUAUUUCAGUUAAUGGUUGAGCAAACCAUUUAAAAUUUAUUUGGCAACUAAUAUAUGACUGCGAAUCCGGGGUCAGAUUACAAUCGUCGAAAUAUGUGACACCCCACAGAUUUCGCAGAAAUGCACAAAUUUUGGGCCCAAACUCUAGUUAUGGGUAUCUUCAAAAAGAAGAGUAUCAGGUCCUACUGGUACAAGCACCCCAUCCUGGCUACCCCUCUUUUCCCAGGGGUUAUGAAGAGGGAUCGCUAGGAACAGCUGCUGUGUUUCCUCCACUUCAACUAUAACACACUGUGCCCCUCAAGAAACGACCCAUUGUUUGACAGCCUCUACAAAAUUCGGCCCCUAAUCCAACUCCUGUCAGACAAAUUCUCCCAAAAUGAUGUCCCUGAAGAAAAUAUUUGUGUAGCUGAAUCCCUAAUGAAGUUUAAGGGUAGAUUACUUUUUAAGCAGUAUAUCCCUUCUAAACGGUCCCAAUACGGUGUCAAAUUUUACAAAUUGUGCGAAUCCAAAUUUGGAUAUACAUGGGCGUUUCGUAUUUAUCAAGGGAAGGAUAGCCAUCUUGACCCACCAGGAUGCCCUGAUUCUGUGGGUACAAGUGGAAAGAUAGUAUGGGACAUAAUCCUUCCCUUGUUAAAUAAGGGAUACAGGCUAUGGGUUGACAACUAUUAUACAAGCAUAGAGUUAUUUAAAACUUUAUUUUGCUUUGAAACCCUAGCCUGUGGCACAGUGCGGAAGAAUCGCAGAGGUUUCCCCCAAACCCUGACAAGAGGCAAACGCAGUAGAGGCUCCCUUUCAGCGCUCCUCCAGGAUGAGUUGCUUGCCCUUCGCUUCACCAAUAGGAAGGAUGUAUUCAUAUUGUCUACAAUGCACGAUGAAACUUCAGUUCCAGUGUCUGUGAAAGGUGGAACUGAGCAGCUGGAGAAGCCGAAGUGUGUCUCAAAUUGUAUUUGCCCAGACCCCAAAUCCUAACCCUCCUUUGGAAUCAGAAGAUGUCCAACGACUUUUCAGCAAACAUUUCCCUUCCCAAAUCCCUCCACACCAUGUAAAAGGUCACUACAAAAGAAGGGUUAUUAUUGCUACCAUACAGAGCUGAACUACUAAAUCACUCUGUAUGGUACUUUGGCAGUUUGUUUGCUUGAUUUCCCUGGAUUCCCUGACCUCAGCUUGUCCUGACUACGCUUCGUUAGCUGCCUGUACCGACCCAUUGGCUUGUUUUACCGACUACUCUGACUUCUGGAUUCCUCUGACCUUGGUCUGUCCCUGUUUAUGCUAGCCAUUCUAAAGUGGCUACACCACACAACUCAAAAUACUACAUUACAGUACUUUAAAAUGAGACUUUACAGAGUAAAACUCUAAUCAUAGGGUUAAUACUGUGAUUAGCACUGAAAGUGUUAAUAGAAUCACUUUAAAAAAAAAAAAAAAAAAACCUUAUACUUUACACAGAGUGACUCUCUGUGUGAGAUCAAAGAUCUUGAUCUCUCGCCUUCAGAACAAAGUGUAUGUGGGGGUACUGUUCUAUUUGUGAAAAACCUGCAAAAAUGGUAAAUGGGGUUACUGUUAUAUUCAGGAGACUAUUUUAAAUAAAAAAGCACUAACUAAUAUCAAGAUCAUGAAAUUUCAUGGAAAUGGAACGUGUGUAAAAAAAAAAAAACACAAAUAAAAGUAUAAAUCACUACAUGGGCACUGCAUGUCUGUUAAAGUGGCUAGACCAAACAACUCAAAUUAUGCCAUUUGGAAUCCCCUUAUCAUGGGUGUAAUUUUCUCUCCUGUGCUGCCAUACUUUCUCAAAAGUGACACAUUGUCAAACUUAGCUGAAAAGGGCAUCUAAUAUAUUUGGCCCUGUGUGUUACCGAAACAAGCUGAAAUAACGGUAUGUGGGGGUACUGUUAUAUUCGUGCAACAAUGUGUAAUCAAAAUAUAGAGUCUCUAUUGCAGUAACCUAUAUCAGGAAUAUGAAAUAUCCUCUGGAAAUUGAGUUAAUGUGUUUGAAAAAGCACAAAUAAAACUAUAGCCGCUGGUUAGGACAAACAUUUCAAUACACACCAUUUAGAAUUCUCUGGGUUGCCUACUUAUGAAAAUGGUAUGUCAUAAUAGUGGAAAUGUUAUUACCCAGGCUGCUAUACGCUAUCAAAGGCGACAUCGGCCCAAAAAAAUAACUUUGUCAAAUUUCAGUAUGUAAAAACAUAAAAGGAUAAGACGUAUAUUAGACCCUAUAACUUUCCAAAAACCCAUAAAACCUAUAAAUAGGGGGUACCAUUGCACACGUAAGACAUCACUGACCGGAAAUGUGAGUGUUUCAGAGCAGUGAAAUGUAUAAGAACCAUAAUAUCAUCAUUGAAAGUACAAUUUUUAUGUGAAAAAUAUGCAAAAACUAAAUCUGAACACAGACUUUGGCUACUGUUUGUUACCAAGAGGAUAUUACAAAAGACUGGAAAUAAGCCAUUUUGAAUACCAUGGGAUGUCUACUUUUUCAAAUGGUAUGCCAUGAUGGGGGUAAUUUUCAUUCCUGGGCUGCCAUACGGUCUCAAAUGCAACAUAGACCAAGCUAACCAAUCUAUAAAAUGGAUAUGUGUAAAUAAAAUUAAUAGACAAGCCUUAUAUUGGACCCUGUAACCCAUAAAACCUGUACAUGGGUGGUACUGUUUUACUAGUAAGACAUUGCUGAUUACAAAUGUGUGUGUUUUAUUGCAGUAAAAGGGAACAGUGUUAUGACAUUCACAGUAAAAAAUGCCAUGCAGAACUUGAAAAAUAACCAAAUUGUCAUUUUUCAAAGUUUGUUUGAUUUUUUUUUUUUUUCAAACAAUAUAGUUCCAUUUAUAAAGAUUUGAUAUGAAAUGAAAGCUCUGAUUCUCCUGAACAAAAUGAUAUAUAAUAAAUAUGGGUGUACGUAAUAUGAAAGAGGUAAAUUAUUGUUGAACAGACAUAUAGUCAAAUUCUGUGGUUUGUUUAAAUUUUUUUCUGGAUCACAACUUGUACAUUUAGCUCCAUCCUUAAGGGGUUAAAUAUUAUUUCCCUGAAUAUUAUGUUUUGCUAGCAUUCAUCCAGUUGCUGUUUAAACAUAUAUACAGACUUUGAUAAAACCACCACUUCAGGUAAAGACACCCUCAUCUUUAUUGUUUUUGCUGUAAAAAAAAAAAAAACCCUUUUUCCUUUGCCUUAGACCAGUGGUUUCCAACCCAGUCCUCACGUACCCCCUACCAGUCCAGGAUACAGGGAUUACCUAGUUGUGUCUAAUGUGCUUUUAGAAGAAGAAAAAAAAACACUUUGCACACAACAGGGUAAUCCCUAAAUCCUGGACUAGUAGGGGGUACUUGAGGACUGGGUUGGGAACCACUGCCUUAGACUAAAUAUCCUUUAUUCCAGUCUAAAUGUGUUUACAAUUGUUUGUAUUGACCCCGAAUAUAUUUGUAAAUUGCUAUCAUGUCCCCUCUGGGGCCUUUUAUUAAUUUUGUACCCAGCCUCUGCACUUUAUCUAGUGCCAUAAUAAUACUUCUUUAGAACAGGUGCCUAAAAUUGCCCAGCAUAUUUAAGGUAUGGUCUUACCAGUGAUUUAUAAACAGGCAAAAUUAUAUUUUCAGAACCAGAAAUAAUGCCCCUUUUUAUACAUGAAAAUACCUUACUGGCCAUCGCCACUGGUGAUUGGCAUUGCCUAAUUUGUUGUCUAAAACAAUUCUCAAAUCCUUCAUGUGUGUUGUGAUCCUUAAUUCACUACUUAGGGUGUAAGUUGCUUGUGCAUUUUUUUACCCCAAAGUGCAUAACUUUGCAUUUUUCAACAUUAAAUUUAAUCUGCCAUUUUAGUGCCCAGUCCCCCAAUCUAUUUUAAACCCCUCUGCAGCAAAGCAAUAUCCUGCUCACAUUAUAUUACUUUACAGAGUUUUUUUUGUGUCAUCUGCAAACACUGAAUCGUGAUUUUCAAUGCCUAUUUCAGGAUCAUUUAUAAAUAUGAUAAAUAGAAGUAAUCCCUGAAGAGAACCCUGAGGGACAUUUACCACUUUUGUCCAUCUUGAAAAUGUACCAUUAAUGACAACUCUCUGUACUCUAUAUUUAAGCAAAUGUUCUAUCCAAGACCAAGAAAUUUAAUCUAGACCAGUUUUUUAUUUUGCACACUAACCUAUUGUGUGAAACUGUUUUCGAACGCCUUGGAAAAGUCCAAGUAGAACACAUUCACUGCAACACCCUGAUCUGUUCUUCUACUUAUUUUUUUUCCUAGAGUGCAAUUCAUUUUGAGUUGACCUAUGUUUCAUAAAACCAUGCUGAUUUUUAUUAACAAUGUUCUUCCCAAUUAAUUCCUGCCUCUUAUACCUUAAUAACCCUUUGAAUACUUUCCCAACCAGUUAAGAUCACAGGUCUAUAAUUUCCAGCCAAAGAUUUAGUUCCUUUUAUUAAUAUAAGAACCACAUUUGCCUUCCUUCAAUCCUCUGGUAUAAUUCCUGAAAAUAAUCUUAAAAAGAUAAAAAGGUUACAUAGAAACAUAGAAUGUGACGGCAGAUAAGAACCAUUCGGCCCAUCUAGUCUGCCCAAUUUUCUAAAUACUUUCAUUAGUCCCUAGUCUUAUUUUAUAGUUAGUAUAGCCUUAUGCCUAUCCCACGCAUGCUUAAGCUCCUUUACUGUGUUAACCUCUACCACUUCAGCUGGAAGGCUAUUCCAUGCAUCCACUACCCUCUCAGUAAAGUAAUACUUCCUGAUAUUAUUUUUAAACCUUUGUCCCUCUAAUUUAAGGUUCACUUAUAUCCACGCAUAGCUCCAUAAGUACUUGUGGGUGAAUACUGUCAGGCCCCCUGAGCUUUGUUUACAUUAACGUUUAGUUGCCUUGGGUCAAUCAAUUUUUCUGCAUGUGUUUGGUUUUUUUAGUGCAAUCAUUUACAUAUCUCUUGCCAUAGGUUCCUCCUUAAUAUAUACUGAAAAAAAAAUAUUUUAAAUGUUUGCCUUUACGUGGUCUUCAUUAAUUAAAACACUCAUCUCUGUUUUCAGUGUACCUACACUUUAAGUGGGAGAAGGUGGGUUUUGUUCUCUUUGGCUAUGCAUUAUUGGCUUUCUUAAAUAGGAUGCCUCAGACUGACCAAUUUAAAUUCCCUUUUCUUAUUUUUAAUGUAUUGAUUUACUAUCCCUUUAAGCCACAUUGGUUUCGGUUUGUUUUUUAUUCUUAUAUUUAUUACCCAAUGGCACCUUUGUGAGAAGUGUACCUUUUUAAUAUUUGUUCAAAGAUAUUUCACUUAUCUAUUUUUUUUCACUAAAAAGUUUAUGCCAAUCAAUAUGUUGUAUAGCUGCCCUUACCUUAUUGAAAUUGGCCUUUCUAAAAUUAUAUGUUUUAUUAUACUCCAUGUGCUUUUGCUUUUUUGAAUUUAUUUCAAAAGGCACCGUAUUGUGAUCACUAUUUUGAAUGUUGGUCAGUAGAUCAACAUUGUUUGUUACAAACAGAUCGAGAUAAGCGUCCUUUCUAGCUAGUGCUUAUACAAGUUGUGACAUGAAGUUUUUUAAUUCUACUUGCUGAUCUACUAGUCCAUCAAUCCUAAUUUAUGUCCGGGUAAAUAAAAUCUUCAAUAAUUAACGUGUUAGUCAGAUGUGCAACUUUCACAAUUUGCUCUAACAGCUGUUCUUCCCCAUCAAUAUUAGGUGGUUUAUAACAUAUCCCAACCAAUAAAUGAUCCACUUUCUUUUGCCCCAAGCAGAUAUCUAGCCGUACAGCUUCCACAUUUUCCUUGUCACAUUCCACUUGCAUAAGAUUUGGCUUUAACUCCCCACCACCCUUUCUAGGGUUUUUUUCUCUUUCCUUACUAAAUACGUUGUAACCAUUUAAUUUAACUACCUAGUCAUGUGUCUCAUCCCACCAUGUUUCAGUUUUUCCUAUUAUGUCAUAUUGCCUAGUGUAUAAUAUUACCACUAGUUCCACCAUUUUGUUAAAUUCCUUGUAUUGCUAAGCAUACAUUUAAUAUUAUCAGUCGCUUCUACUUUAUGUGAAUUUGUAUUACUGAUCUUGCUCAUCCACCAUUUCCACCCCCUUUUGCUUAGCUAAAGCCAUCUUCAUUUUGUAGAUUUGUGUCCUCCCACCACCACCACAUCCUGGCCCCCAGCACAGCAGACUCUCUUCCGUUUAUGUGCAAUCCAUCACUGCUAUAAAGAUUAUACCUAUGUCACGCAUUAACUGUACAUUUACUGUAUCGUGCGGCACAGGUACUAUUUCUAAAUAUACCAUCUUGGAAGUCCUUUUCUUCGGUUUACUUCCCAGUUCCCUGAAAUCAUUCUUUAGGAUACUCCAUUUUCCCCUGAGUUUGUCAUUGGUACCAAUAUGGACCAUGACAGCUGGGUCAUCCCCAACCUCUCCCAAUAAUCCACCCACUCGAUCAGCAACAGGCCAGACCUGAGUUUGAUGUUUUCUAUCCUCUCUUAGAACUUUAUCAAAUUAUGGCCAAACUGAAUCACACAUACCCUGCCAGUGCUGCAUAUGUUACUACAUAUAAGUGUGAACUUCUAUAAUGGCAUUCUUGAUGAGCUGAACUUGAGCAUUGAUGUCUGGGGCCUUUAACCCCUUAAUAACCAAGACUUUUAUGAAAUACGAUACACUUGUGACCAAGGGCAUUUUGGUACUUUUUCAAUAUCUGUUCAAUCUAAUUCUGUUUAAAAGGAACAUAUGGUUACAAAAAUAACAUUUGUUAUUUCAGAACUAUAAGUUUCCCCAGGUCUGUCACCAUUUGCUAUUAAAAAUGAAAGUUUAAACCACUUUGGUUCCAGCACAGUGCAGUCUGGGCUCCUUUAAGUGAAUCCAUAUACAGUUGUGCUUAAACGUUUGCAUACCCUGGAAGAAAUUGUGAAAUUUUGGCAUUGAUUUUGAAAAUCUGAUUGAUCAUGCAAAAAAAAAAAAAAUUAUUGAAGGAUAGUGAUCAUAUGAAGCCAUUUAUUAUCACAUAUUCGUUUGGCUCCUUUUUAAAUCAUUAAGAUAACAGAAAUCAGUAUCACCCAAAUGGCCCUGUUUAAAAGUUUACAUAACCUUGAAUGUUAUGUAAACUUGAACACAAGAUGAUAAACACAGGUUAAAUUACAAUUAGUGUCUGUAUAAAUAGUCAAGGAGUUUGUUAGCUGUCACAUGAAUGCACUGAGCAGGCUAGACACUGAGCCAAAGGGCGCAGAAAAGAACUGCAUAACAAGGUAAUGGAACUUUAUAAAGAUGGAAAAGGAUAUAAAGAGAUAUCUAAAUCAAAGAAAAAUACCCAGUCAGUACUGUUCAAUAACUUAUUAAGAAGUGGAAAAUUCAGGGAUCUCUUGCUACCAAGCCAAGGUCAGGUACAAAGAUUUCAGCCACAACUGCCAGAAGAAUUGUUUGGGAUACGAAGAAAAAUCCACCGGUAACCUCAGGAGAAAUACAAGCUGUUCUGGAAAAAGACAGUAUGGUUAUUUCAAGGAGAACAAUAGUACAAUACUUGAGCUGCAUGAUCGAGUUGCCAGAAAGAAACCUUUACUGCACCAAUGCUACAAAAAAGCCCUGUGACAAUAUGCCCGACAACACCUUGACACGCCUUACAGAUUUUAGCACGACAAGAACAAAAUAGAGCUUUAUGGUUGUGACGGACCACCUGUCACCCCGACCGGGUACCUCUGUCAAUCGCUGCUUCCUAGUACUUGCAAGUGCCAUAAGCACUGCACUGGAACACCAUAACCACCGUCUACUCCCACAAACCGAUGCAGCUUAGUUGGGGUCUUGCCGUCCCCCACCCACCCUGGACCCAAGACCAGGAUCCAGCUUCCAGUGGGUAGACCUCUCCUAGUCCAGAGAACGUAGCAGGAACAGCUCUUAUAAGAGCUAGUGAUUAUACUAUUGUGAUAUAGCAAUCCCCAAGUGUAUGUAGUUCUCCAAUCCCCCAAACAUGAGCUAAGAUUUUAUGAAGGGGUAAACAAAUCUCAGAUGGGAGCCACACUGGCCUUUUAUGCAAGUCCCCAAGUAAGGUGUAAGCCCACAUAGACCUUGUUGGGGACAGGGACACUAACGUACAAACCAAUAAUAACACAUUUACAAUGUAAGGCACUCCCACACAUAGCACACAAUCCCUCCCCUCUGCUUGAGAGUUAAUUGGAUCAGUAACUGUACUAAUUCUAAUCCAAUUAUCUCCAAGCACAGAAAAAAACAUACUUUUUUAAAACACCCCUGAUCUAGUUGACCAACAUAUCCAAAAAUCACCCAUAUCAGUUCAGGGGUUCAAGAAUUUCCUGGAAGUCUUAUUUUUAACUGACUGUGCACAUGGUCCCAUGCCCAAAACAGUUUCAGAGAAUUAGUGCUAACGGUCGGUCUUUCUGUCUAGAGUACAAAAGUACAUACUUCACAUGAACAGAGCCUUUUAAAGUAUUUUAGCCAGGUCUAUUGCAGGGACCAUAGUCACAGGGUAGGAGGCUGGCCAACAGGCUCCUCCAAUAACCAGUGACAUGGCUACUUUCGUCACAUAUCUUCCCUCCCAAGGGAAGACUAACCAAGUACCUGACCACCUGUCGGUCGUUGCCUGAGUUAGUCGAGCAACCCACCCACAACCAAGUACUUGACCUGUAGCUCUCGGGUGUCCAUCUUUGUCCUGUCUGUCCCAUGCUGCAGAGGGGGCGUCCGCCACCCCGAUCUCCCUUGUGCUCCCAGGCCCAGGGAUAACGUAAGUAUGUGGUGGGCAGAGGCCAACUGCGCUCUGCCCAAAUGUCAGCUCUUCUGCUGGAUGGACUGGUCCUGCUCUGUAACAAGGAGGCAGAUAGGGCAGGUGCCAGCGGUGCUCUGCCAUGAUGCCAGCUCUUCUGCUGGGAUAAGGUCAGCGGAUACUACCCCUAGGACCUGGUUGAGGCUCUGCUGUGGAGGGGAGGGAUUGCCUACAUCCGCCUCUUCCUGGCAUUCCUGCAGGGUUGGUUGGGGAUCUGGACUGGCCGUCCAGCAUACCUGUAGGUCUGGUGCAGAGACCACAGUCUUAUCUGCACCCUUAGAGUCAGCAGUGCUGUCCCUCUGUAGUUGGGGGAAGGGACCAGCUGUCACCCCUUCUGGUAUAUCCGGUUGCCGCUGGGGAGGGAGACCCGCUGUCUCCAUUCCCUGUGUUGCACACUGCCACUGGGGAGUGAGACCGACCCUCUCUUCUCCCAAUAACACACUCUGCCGCUGGGGAGGAAGGACAACACCUUCUGCUCCCUGUACUGUAUACUGCUGCUGGGGAGUGAGACAGAUUGUCUCCACUCCCUGUAGGAUAUACUGCCGCUGGGGCGAGAGAGAGACCGACUGUCUCUUCUCCCAAUAACAUACUUGGCCACAGGGGAGUAGGACCGACUGUCCCUACUGCCGGUAAUGUUGCCUGCUGCUGGGUAGUGAGACCAACUAUCUCCACUCCGAGGGCUAAUGGCUGCUGCUGGGAUGAGGGACUGACAAUUUCCUCUCCCUGUGAUGGUGCUGGGUAAUGAGACAGAUUAUCUCUACUCCCAGGGAUGCUUGCUGCUGCUGGGAUGAGGGACCGACAAUCUCCUCUCCCUGUGAUGCUCUUGGCUGCUGGGACGUGUGCAUAUCCCCCACCGUGCCUGCUCGCUUGCCCAUUCCUCUUGGUACUGCAGUUGCUGGGUCACUGGGCCUCGAGUUCCCUGACAAUCCAUAACGGAACCUCCGGGCCAAAAAAGGACAGUCGCCAUCGCAUCUCCUGAAGGAACUCCUCCUCGUAUGUGAGUGCUGCCCAAGUUCCUUUGUAGACAGGGGCACUGUACGAAUACUAGCGUUGCCCUUCGUUAUAAAUCCAAUGAUAUAUACAGGGGCACUGUACGAAUACUAGCGUUGCCCUUCGUUAUAAAUCCAAUGAUAUAGACAGGGGCGCUGUACGGAUACUAGCGUUGCCCUAAAUUAUAAAAACAAUACGAUACUGGUAUCUCCAGGAUGCUUCUCCUCGCUACGAAGCCAUCCCGCCACUUCCACCACUGUGACUGACCGCCUGGCACCCAGACCGGCUACCUCUGUCAAUUGCUGCAACCUAGUACUUGCAUGUACCAUAACCACUGCACUGGAAAACCAUAACCACUGUCGACUCCCACAAACCGCUGCAGCUUGGUUGGGGUCUCGCUGUCCUCCACCCACCACCAACAUCCAGUGGGUAGACCUUUCCUAGUCCAGACAGCGUAACUCUCUUCAUGACUUCAUGAAGGGUUAAACUAAUCUCUGUUUAAUGGGAGCCACACUGGCCUUUUAUGCAAGUCCCCAAGCAAGGUGUAUGCCCACAUGGACCUUGUUGGGGACAGGGACACAAACUUACAAACCAAUAAUAACGCAUUUACAAUGUAAGGCACUCCCACACAUAGCACACAAUCCCUCCCCACUGCUUGGUAGAUAAUUGGAUCAGUAACUGUACUAAUUCUAAUUCAAUUAUCUCCAAGCACAGAAAAAACCAUACGUUUUUAAAACACCCUAAAAGUACAUAAAACCCCACAAGUCCCCUGAUAGCCCUGAUCUGGAUGACCAACAUAUCUAAAAAUCACCCAGAUCAGUUCAGGAAUUUCCUGGAAGUCGUAUUUUUGACCAACUGUGCACAUGGUCCCAUGUCCAAAACCGUUCCAGAGAAUUAGUGCUAAGGGUCGGUCUCUCUGUCUGGAAUACAAAAGUACAUACUCCACAUGAACAAAGCCUUUUAAAGUAUUUUAGCCAGGUCUAUUGCAGGGACCAUAGUCACAGGGUAGGAGGCUGGCCAACAGGCUCCUCCAAGAACCAGUGACAAGGCUACUUUCAUCACAAUGGUCAUAACCAUAAGCGCUAUGUUUGGUGAGGGGUCAACAAGGCCUAUAGUGAAAAAAAUACCAUCCCCACUGUGAAGCAUGGUGGUGGCUCACUGAUGUUUUGUGGGUGUGUGAGCUCUGAAGGCAUGGGGAAUCUUGUGAAAAUAAAUGGCAAGAUGAAUGCAGCAUCUAAUCAGAAAAUACUGGCAGACAAUUUGCAUUCUUCUGCACGAAGACUGUGCAUGGGACGCUCUUGGACUUUCCAGCAUGAUAAUGACCCUAAGUACAAGUUGACCCUCCAGUGGUUAAAGCGGUAAAAGGUGAAGGUUCUGGAGUGGCCAUCAGUCUCCUGACCUUGAUAUCAUCAAGCCACUCUGGGGAGAUCUGACCAAAGAAAGACUUUGCAUGACCUGGAGGCGUUUUGCCAAGCCAAAUGGGCAGCUAUAGCACAUACAAUAAUUAGGGGACUCAUAGACAACUAUUACAAAAAACUACAUACUGUCAUUGAUGCUAAAUGGGGCAAUAUACAGUAUUAAGAACUAAGGGUGUGCAGAUCUUUGAACAGGCUUUUUUUUAAAUUUUUUUAGACGUGCAAUUAGUUUUGUUCCGAUACAUCCGAAUUCACGAAUAACUGAAUUGGCGAAUAGCCGAAGUACAAUAUUGCCUAAGUACUAAUAUACUUACCCAGUGGAAGAAUGAAGAAUGUUACACUGUAUACAAGUUUAAAUAAAAAGUAUACAAACAUAGCCAGGAUUCAGCUGUAAGCAUUUGCAACACUUUCACCAAUCAAGUAACAUACAUUCAUAUAAAAUGUAAGUUACUUAGCGGGUCAAUGGAAUGACAGGAAUGAAUAAGUAGAUAACUUCCUAAUUCCCACGGUAUUAGGGAGCUAUCUACUAAAAGGCUGAAAGACCUUUCAGCCAAAUUUACUAAUACUAAGUAAAGAUUACUUAGUAUUAGUAAAUUAUGCCCCUACUCGCUAUACCGCAAGUAGGGGCAUGUCUAUUUAAACUGUGAGCAGCUUAUGUUUCGGAAAGGGCGGGUGGAGGCCCUAAUGAAAAAUAAGGGGAGAGCUAUUGUCCUUCCCCCCGGCCCCCACCCCUGAGCGGCGGGUGGGGGCCCUAAAUAUCAAUAAGGGGGGACCUAUUGUCCUCUCCCCUGGCCCCCACCCCUGAGCGGCGGGUGGGGGCCCUAAAUAUCAAUAAGGGGGGACCUAUUGUCCUCUCCCCUGGCCCCCACCCCUGAGCGGUGGGUGGGGGCCCUAAAUUAGAAUAAGGGACCUAUUGUUCUCUCCCCUGGCCCCCACCCCUGAGCGGUGGGUGUGGGCCCUAAAUACCAAUAAGGGGGGGGGACCUAUUGUCCUCCCCCCUGGCCCCCACCCCUGAGCGGUGGGUGGGGGCCCUAACUUAGAAUAAGGGGGGGGGGCCUAUUGUCCUCCUCCCCGGCCCCCACCCCUGAGGGGUAUGUGGGGGCCCUAAAUUAGAAUAAGCGGGGAGACCUAUUGUCCCCCCCCUUAUUGAUAUUUAGGGCCCCCACCCGCCGCUCAUGGAUGGUCCCACCCAUAAGUUUACUUUAGGGCCCUCACCCGCCACUCGGGUGGGGGGGAGGAAUAUUUUUUUUUUUUUUUUUUAACAGUGAGCAGCCACAGGCUGUUUACUAGACAUGCCCCUACUCGCAGUAUAGUAUAGCAAAAUUGGCUGGAAGACCAAUUUAGUUCUUUCAGCCUUUUGGUAGAUAACUCCCUAAUACUGUGGGAAUUAGGGAGUUAUCUACUAAGCGGCUGCAAGAUAAAUUCCGAAGUGCCGAACCGAGCCAAAGUCCCAAAUUUCGGAAUGCCAAGCCGAACCGAACUGAAAAUGUUCCCCAUGCACAUCUCUAGUUUUUUUCUUUGUUGCCAUGUUUUGUUUUAUGAUUGUGCCAUUCUGUUAUAACCUACGUUAUUAUUAUUACUGGUAUUUAUAUAGCGCCAGCAUAUUCUGUAGCGCUUUACAAUAUUAUCAAAGGUGGAGAUUUAACAAUAAAUGAGACAAUUACAAAAACUUACAGGAACAAUAGGUUGAAGAGGGCCCUGCUCAAAGUCUAUAGGAGGUGGGGGGUAAAACCCAACAGUACAGGAGGUAGCAAUCAAACAGGGUGGAGUGAAGCAGAGCUGGAGGAGAGAAUAAAGUGCUGCCCUUUAGGAGAGAGCAAAGGACAGGUAUGUGAGGUAGAGGUUACUCUGGAAGGCCAUAAGCUUUCUUAAGAGUUGGGUUUUGAGGCACUUUUUAAAUGAUUGAAGACUAGGGGAGAGCUUGAUGGUGGUAGGCAGGCUAUGCCAAAAGGAAAGGAGCCACCCACGAGAAGUCCUGCAAGCGUGAGUUAGGCAGAGCAGAGAGACCAAGAAGGGAUUCACCUGCAGAUCAGUGAAGAAAUAUAGGAGGGUCUAGAAUUGGUCAGUGGCUUAUAGGUGUGGAUUAGUACCUUGAAUUGACUCCUGUAGGAUACGCGACGCCAAUGUAGGGACUGACAAAGGGGAGAGGUGUGAGAGGAGCGGCAGGAGAGAAAAAUCAGUCUAGCUGCAGCACUCAUUACAGACUGUAGCGGGGCAAUAUGACUUGUGGGAAGACCUAUUAGAAGAGAGUUACAAUAAUCCAUGCGAGAGAUUACUAGAGCAUGGACAAGCUCCUUAGUAGCAUCUUGUGUAAGAAAGGGGUGGAUGCGGGCUAUGUUUUUAAGGUGGGAACUACAGGAUUUGGUAACAGACUGGAUGUGAGGCUCAAAUGUGAAGCCAGAAUCAAGUAUAACGCCAAGAUAGUGCGCUUGCAAGGAUGGACUGAUGUGGGUACCACUCAUUUGAAGGAGAGCAAAAGAUCAGUAUUAGGAGGAAGAAAGACAAGGCCUUCAGUUUUAGAGCAAUUGAGUUUCAAAAAGCAGGAGGACAUCCAAUCAGAGAUGGAAGAAAGGCAACCAGUGACAUGUUGCAGGACAGCAAGGGAGAGGUCCGGGAAGGAUAGGUAUAUCUGAGUGUCAUCAGUGUACAGGUGGUAUUGGAAUCCAAAUGAGGUAAUAAGUUUGCCAAGAGAGGCAGUAUAAAGAGAAAAUAGAAGGGAACCAAGUCCAGAGCCUUGGGGGACUCCAACAGGGACAGGACAAAGGGAGGAGGUAUUAUUAGAAAAGGAGACAUUGAAUGAGCAUUGGGAGAAAUAGGAGGAAAACCAAGAGAGGACAGAGUCACAGAGACCAUGUGAUUGAAGAGUUUGGAGAAGAACAUAGUCAACAGUGUCAAAGGCAGCAGAGAGGUCAAGAAGAAUUAGUAUAGAGUAGUGCCCUUUGGAUUGAGCUGCAAUUAGGUCGUUAGUGACUUUAAUAAGAGCAGUCUCAGUAGAGUGGAGGAGGCAGAAGCAAGACUGAAGAGGGUCAAGGAGAGAGUUGGAAUUGAGGAAGCAAGUCAGAUGGGUAAAGAUCUGUGUUUCCAGAAGCUUUGAGGAAAAAGGGAGCAGGGAUAUGGGGCGAUAGUUAGAAGGGAAGGACGGGUCAAGAGAUGUUUUUUUUUUAAGAUGGGUACUACAGUAGCAUGUUUAAGGGCAGCAGGAACACCACCAGAAGAGAGAGAGCAGUUGAAGAUGUGUGUUAAGUAAGGCACAAGACAAGAGGAGAGAGAUCGGAUAAGGUGGGACAGGAUCAAGCGGGCAAGUGGUGGGAAAAGGAGAGGAAAGGAGAACGCAGCCACCUCUUGUUCAGUAGCCUAGGAGAAAGUCUGAGAGGUAGGAAAGGCAUGACCUAGGUGUGGUUGAGAAAGAGAGGGGCAAGGUGGGGAGAACUCUUUCCUUAGCUGUUCAAUCUUGUCGGUAAAGUAAGGUUAGUUUGGGGGGUGGCCAUAGCAGGGCAAAGAAGGGAGUUAAAGGUAUUAAAAAGACACCUAGGAAUUGCAGGCUCAUGAGUUAAUGAGGGAGGAAAAGUAUGACUGUUUGGCAAGGGCUGAGUUGUAUGAUUGCAACAUGAAUUUGUAGUGUAGGAAGUCAGACUGGGUGAGUGACUUCCUCCAGCAGUGUUCAGCAGAACGGGAGCAUCUCUGCAGGUAGUUUGUUGAUUUAGUGUGCCAUGGUUGGGGGAGUGUUCUCCUCAUGGUGCCUUUUUGGAGCGGGGCUGCAGCAUUAAGGGCAGAGGUGAGGGUAGUGUUAAAUGAGGAGAUGGCCAGUGAGGGACGGGAGAAAGUAGGGAUGGAUAGGUCCAGGACACUCCCAUAUACAAUCAGAUAAUCCCUCCUCUGUGCCUGGGAGAUAAUUGGAUCAGGAGCUGUACUAAUCUCCAAGCACAGAAAAUACAUACAUUUUUGCAAGCAUCCCAAAACACACAAAAUCCCCACAAAAGUUACAUCCCCUGAUAUCCCUGAUCUGGGUGACCAACAUAUCCAAAAGUCACCCAGAUCAGUUCAGGGGUUCAGGAAUUUCCUGGAAGUCUUUUAUUUGACCGACGCAGGCAUGGUCCCAUGCCCAAAACAGUUCCAGAGAACCAGGGCUUGCAGUCGGUCUAGUUCGGUAGUUUGAAAAUGAACAAACUACCAAACAGAGUCAAUAGUCUUACCCUGGAGCUUGUUCCCCUCACCAAGACGAAUGAUUUCACCAAACAGUGCCCUUCUAAAGUUGUAUAGAACCAAAUGCAGGCGAUGAUGGAAGUCCAGUGGUGUUCGGGAGCUUCUGUGUCUGAUUGUCGUUCUAUGAGAUUCAUGCCCAAACACUGCUGCCUGCUUUCAUGUGAACAAGAUGGCCACCACCUCGUGGUUGUCCAUAGGAAUUGCGGCCACCCAGAUGAACAAUUAGAACACUGUGGUGAGAAACAUUCCAAGUGGUUAAUAGGUGUUAACAAGCAGGGUGGUCUCUGGUUCAUGCUGUUGUUCAGUAACUGAAUAUAUAAUAAUCUCAGGAAAAAACAAAUGUGUGAAGGGUGAGUUGACUUUAUUUUAAAUUAGCGCUGCACUUAAACUGCACGGAGUGGAGACGAUUUUUCUUAAUUUCUAUCUUCUCUGUGUGUCUUGUUCUGCCAUAUAAUAAUCUCACUUGCAUGAACAGUCUUUUUAACAUUAUAUUUCACAGGGUCCAUAGUCUGUGGGCAGGAGGCUGGCAAGCAGGCUCCUCCAGGAGCUCGUGGCAAACUCAUGUAAAAAGGGGAGUUUUUUUACAGGGGGCUCUUGAGAGCAAAUGAUAAGAGGUGGUGAUCAGAGAAGAAAUGGAGUGUUGCAGAGAUUAGAGAUUGUACAUUCAUGAGAAUAUGAAUCCUCAUUAGCAAUAAAAAAAUGUUUUGACUGGCCACUCGUUUUCUUUAAAAAAAAUGUUACCAAUUCUCCAAGGACAUGCAAACUUUUGAGCAUAACUGUAUAUUAUAUAUCACUUUGUAAAAUACAGAUGGUGACUUCUUCUAGUACUCUAUUUGUAUACAUGACCCGUAAAAUAUACAAAUCUUUUUCUCAGCUUUGCUUAUUUUUACACAACUGAAGAAAAAAGUAUAUUCACAAACUCCUGAUUGUUAAAAUGCCCAAUAUCUCUAGUAUUUGGGUUAAUUAUUACUGGUUAUAAGACAAAUAUCUAAAGAACUGAAUUAUGGUUUCAAAGCAUUUGGUAUGCAGACACUACAAAUUUAAUAGCAAAGAAUCCAAAACCCCCAUGUAAAAGCACAUGUACAAAGCAGACAGCUCAGACUAUUUAGUAAAGCGCAGUUAAACACUUACCUCUUCCAAAUCUGCACAUUAGUAAAGGUUUUUGUGUGUUUUUCCCACACAUUUUAACCCCUUAAGGACCGAGGACGGUUCAUGGCCAUCAUCAGCAUUUUUGCCUUGCCGUCCGGUGACGGUCCUGAACUGUCCUAACGGUCUUAUUUACUUACUCAAUCCCCCGGCGGCGAUCAGCGGUGCUCCCGGUGUGGGGAAGACUGCCUGCAGCCCAGACAGUCUCCCUAUGGCAGAUUAGGACCCCUGGGGCCAUGUGAUCGCUCAACAGAGCGAUCACAUGGUCACAAUAGGUGUCCAUGUGUCUGCCUGCAGGGGGACUGUCUGUGCUGACAGGCAGUCUCCCUGCUAGUGUAAAAUCAUUAAAAAAUAAAUAAAAAAAGUUAAUGUUAAUUAAAAAAAAAAUGAUAUAUGUGUAUAUACAUAUGUGUAUGUAUAUAUAUAUAUAAUGAUAUAUAGACAUAUUAUAUCUAUCAUAUAUAUGUCAUACUAAGUAUUUUUAUAUUAAUAUGUACAUAUAUUAAUAUAAAAAUACACUUAUAAUUAAAUUACACACGUAUAUAUGAUAUAUAUAAUAACUAUAUAUUGUAUAUAUUAUAAAAUACAAAUAAGUAAUUUAAAUUAAAUUAAAAAAUGUAAAAAUACAAAUUUAAAAAAAAUUAUAUAUCUAUAUGAAAUUUUAUUCUAACUGUAUUUGGAAAUACACUUAGAAUGAAAUUGUAUAUAUAUCUAUGUAUAUAUAAAUAAAUAAAAAUACGAAAUAUACAUAUGUCCAUAUACAAAAUUACAUAAUUAUUUAAAUAUACACGUAGACUUCAAAUAUAUAAAUAUGCUUAUAUAUUUAAAUUCUACGUGCGUAUUUAUGUAAUAUUUUUACAUAAUUAAGUAAUUUUAUUGAUUGCAAUUUGAGGGACAUGCCUGCCAACCCAGGCCGAAAGUCCAGAGAAUUUAAUUUGCUAGCACUGUAUUUUACCCUGUAACGUUCUACGACACCCUAAAACCUGUACAUGGGGGGUACUGUUUUACUCGGGAGACUUCACUGAACACAAAUAUUAGUGAUUCAAAAACAGUAAAUCAUAUCACAGCGAUGAUAUUGUCAGUGAAAGUGACUGUUUUUGCAUUUUUCACACACAAACAGCACUUUUACUGAUGAUAUAAUUGUUGCGAUACGUUUUCCAGUUUUGAAACACUAAUAUUUGUGUUCAGCAAAAUCUCCUGAUGGCUGCCAGAGACUUUUUGGCAACAUAACCAAUCAGUUUUGGUGUAGAGGGUUAUGUUGCUUAGAGUGACCUCUUUAUGUUACAGUACAGCAAAAUGUUCCAUGUUCAAUAACAACAUUCAGACAGUAAGGGUUUAAGAUUGAUUCAUUGUUUAAACACAGUUAUUAUUUGCUUCCUGUAUUGCUCAGUAGUCAUGGUACAAGAACGCACGCAGUCCAACACUUUAAGUGACACACUGUGGGUAGUAUUAAGCUGCUAUAUAGCACAAAGAGACAGCAAGGAAAUGACAACAACAUACUAUACUGUAAUUGUCAAUUGGUUGUCUAAGGAAAUGAAUGCAAGUGUUGUGGGGUUUUUGAUUUUUACAUUUUCUGAUUAGGAAUUCACAAUAGCUAGUUGACAUUUGAUGGUUCUCAUCCACUAGCAUUAUAGAAUAAUAAGGGGUGGCUGUGAUUAGCAUCAUAUUCUUUGUGUACUAGUAUGUAUGAGCUGCGUUUGUACUACUUUAAUCCAAGGCUGUUGUACUUUGGUUACUUUAAUAACUUUUACAUUUAGCAGCAAAAGAGGCAGCUGCCAUAUAUGAACAUUAAAACAUUGUUAUACAUUUCAAUACGUUUGACAUUAAAUCCAUUCUUCAAAAUGGCAAUAGCUUGCCAAAACCACAUAAACCCUUUUAUUUAACAGUUAUUCAUAGAAAAAUGAAAAGGUCACUCAGCCACACAUUAAAUCAUUAUUUCCUAUCAUACAGUACUUAAUAAACAUGAACAAAACAAAUUCAAACUGUCUUCCCCAAAUUUAUAUUCAAAAUAUACAUUUAACUUAUAGCGUGGGGUAAGCAACCUUUUUGUAGCACUGUGCCAACAUUUAAGUCCUUUCAGGUGCAUGCCCUAUUCAAGUUAAGGCAAUGUUUAUAUAUGUUGGAGAAUUCUGCAUGUGUUAUAUGUGGAUGCUUUGUGGGGUUAUGCGAGUGUUAAUGUUGGUAUUGUGUGGGAUAAUGUAUUGUAUAGGGGAAAGGAGUUGUAGAGAGUUAAUAUACGGGCUUUUUUUAUGUCCCACCACUUGUUAUCUACAUGAAUCUUUAUAAAAGGACUAAUUUGGGCAUCAUCACAACUUCAUCAAAAUGAAGUUAUGGGGCCAGGAGGUUCCUGGUACUUCUUGACCUGGAAGAGUUUAACUGUUCACAAACCCUUUAGCCCCCCAAGAGUACACUCCAGCCCUGUUUCUGGAUGUCCCCAGCAACAACUGGUUAGUGAAAUUUGGAUAGAGGAAGCAGGAACUGCCACUGAUCUAAGCCAAUCAGCAGUGCCCUUGCUUCCUCUAUCUGAAUUUGAGACACCGGAUGCCAUUACAGAGAGCCAUGAAAGGCAAUGGAUUGCACCAUUCAGGAACAAUGUAACCUCUAUGUUUACACCGAGUGUUAAUCCAGCCUCUAGUAGCUGUCUCACUGACAGCCGCUAGAGGCACUUCUGCGAUUCUCACUGAAAAUCACAGUGAGAAGACGCUUUACGGCCAUAGGAAAGCAUUGAGUAAUGCUUUCCUAUGGGGCAUUUUAAAAACGCGCGCUGCUCUUGCCACGCAUACGCAUUUGGCACGGACGUCGGCAGGAGGAGAGGUCACCAGUGUUGGAGAAAGGUAAGUGGCUGAAGGUGUUUUAACCCCUUCAGCCCAGUGGGAGGGACCUAAGGAGUACACAGUGUCAGGAAAACUAGUUUAUUUUCCUGGCCCUAUAGUGGUCCUUUAAGCUACUUUGGCCAAAUAGUGCCAUUCUCUAAAGUGAAUUUUAAUAAUCACUUGAUAUACUACUACUACAUUGCAAGCUAGCUUUUUUGCAUGCAACCAGAAAGUGAAAGAUCUGUAUCACAAUUAUAACUACAAUUCAUCUAAACUCCAAAAGGGACACUCCACAGCCUGAAUACAAAAUAAAUAAAAUAUACCCCAAAUGAAAACUUGUAUGCAUCUAAUUAUGCUUUUUUUUCAUUGGUGGAAAUCUAAACAGCUUGCAAAACCCACAGUUCUCUUGUUUGCAGUCUUUGCAAGUCCUCCCCUUCUCACCCUGCCCAGACUUUGUGACUGUCCAAUCAGAGACUUCCCAAUGCAGCUCCAUGAGAAGUCUUUGCAAGGCAGGUGCUCCGGGUUAUUGCUGCCCCUUGAGUUUAGUGCCACUGAGCUAACCAAACCACUGUUGUCUUCUUGAAAGCCAGGGGGUGUAACCAGGUAAUUUAUGAAAGUGUGAAUUUCUAAUGAAAUCUGCAAUUUUUACAAAAUGCCUAAUUUAUGUUUUUUUUCCAAUUAAAAAAAGGAUACUUUUUACACUAAGCUUUUCAACAAGUUAAAGUGCUUUAGGGGUCUGGAGUAUCCCUUAAAGUAAUAUUUAACAGGUAAUGUUUAAAUGUACAGAGCAAAUGUAUAAACAUGUGAAACUUUGCUUAAAAGUGUGGCAGUAGAAUGGCCCCAAUGAUAUUUUUAAAAUACUUAUUAGACCAUGCGAUGUGUCGAUAUGUGUGAUACUAUUCAUAAAAAAAAUAACUUGGCCCUAUUUUCUACUAAAUUCAAUAAGACCCUAUUUCAGACCCUGUGUAACUUGAUUUCCAUACUCUCCGAACACUUCCGGCAACUUAUGAUAAAGCUUAGAUCGUUAAAAAUCAUAGCAUGAUAAAAAGGCAAGUUUUUGAACACCAUUUAAAAAUAAAGCUUGUGCCAAUUAAUUUUAUCGAUAAAAUAAGCAUGGUAGGGUGGGAGAAUUUAGACACUGAUGUUUAAACUACACUGCAUCAUGGUUAAUGUAGUUGAAAUACCCUCUGUGCUAAAAAUAGCCAUCAGCAAUAAAAUAUCUAUAUAUAUUGUAUACUGAUCUUAUUACUGGCCAGCUAUAAUACCUAUUUUAUUUUUACAUAAUUUUUCUUUUAUAUACAAGGCCAUUGCAAAAAGAUUCCAUUUCAGGAGAUAAUGUAACUGUUCAUUAAAAAAGUAGUCCUUACAAAAUUUAACCAUCUAUCACAAUCUGCUACAAGUUUUGCACAAUAGAAAAGAAAACAAAAAAAAUCCCAAUUCUGUAAUGCAGAAAUAUAAAAAGUAAUGUAAUCUGAAAUAAAACAGAAUAAAGUUCAAAGGGACCCCAAACACCACGACCACAGUGCGCUUAAAGGAUCUCUUUACGAAACAUACAAUGCAGUGACCGACGUCCAUGCUUGCCAAACUAAUUCACCUUAAAGGGACACCAUAGUCACCAAAACAACUUUAUCUUAAUGAAGCAGUUUUGGUGUAUAGAACAUGCCCCUGCAGCCUCACUGCUCAAUUAUCUUCCAUUCAAGAGCUUAAUCACCUGUAUGUGAUUAAAGUUUAAUUUACAGAGCAAGAGAUACAACUGUUUAAGGUAAAUCACAUCUGAUUGAAAGUGAAACAAGUUUUUUUUUUCAUGCAGGCUCUGUCAAUGGCUGCAUAAACAGAAACAAAGUGAUUUAAAGGGACUCUCCAGUGCCAGGAAAACAAACCAUUUUCCUGGCACUGUAGGUCCCCUCUCCCUCCCACCCCCCAUCCCGUGAUGUCCCUCGGCACUGGGUCAGCCCACGCUCCUCCACCGACUUCAUCCGGCGGGGGAGACCUAUUGAGCAUGCGCGAUGAAAGAGUCCUAUUGAGCAAUGCCGUGAAAGAGUCCAGGCAUAAUGGUGCUUAUACCAACCCUUUAAUUGAAAUGGAUGUGCAGACACACAUGAUUGACUUUACCUCUACAAGAUAAAAUGGUUGUGAUACACUAAACAGGCAAUACAGAGUUAAAGCCAUUAUGGUGUCUGGAGGUCCCAGGCAAUGUGUCAUCUAAGGGAUUAAAAGGUUUACACAAGGUUUAACCUCAGAAUGCUCCUCCUUCCUCUCAGCCCUGACUUCAAUAUAGAGGCCUUUCUGUGGCAUGCUGGGGACAGGCCGAGAGCAUGAGCUGAUCACCUGGCCUCUAAAUGACAAAACACUUUAUAAACAUAUGGAGGAGGUACCAGAGAGACUAUUUAUGAACGGUUUAACACCAAAGUGUUCUUGACUGCACCUGUCCUCUUGGUCCCUCUUCCUUACAUACGCUUUUAAAACUUUUCUCAAUGGGAGACAAGUGAUAGACUGAAAACAUCAACUGAGAUGGAGUCGUUAUGAUGCCCAAAGUGGUAUUUUAACCAUCAUUUCAUGGCAAUAACAUCGAAGUGGUUUAGCUGCAUGCUAACCUGACCUAUACAUGACAUGCAUUAAGAACACCACAGCUUGAAUAUAGGUCUCAAUAAAUAGAACAGUAAGAAAAGAAAAGAAACAAAAUUGCAGUUUUUUGCAUCUUAAAAUUAAAUACGGCACAGGAAAAAUGUAGGCUUUCAUUUUUCCUAUAUGAUGCACAGUAAGUUGCAAAGACUAACCAACAUUAUUUUACAUUUGUCGGACAUAAUACCAUGAACCAGCUGAUCAAACAAAAUAAGUUAAAGCAAAGCAGAAGUAAGCAAAAUGAAAAGGACAAAUCCAUAUAUUUACAGCUAAAUUCAUUUAACACACCCAAUGGUGCUCACAGAUUCCAUCAUAAUCACCUGGAACUGCUUGUCACAGAACUAACCAAUAGGGAUAGGACAAAACAUCAAAUGUAUCAGAGGCCUGCAUUCACAGAACAGUUUAAAUGUUACCAGUCACAUCAAUUGGGAAAACCCUAAAAAUGAUUCCCAAAAUCCAUAUUAAAAUGCAAGACUCCAGUAAAUUUAAUUUGUAAAAUAGUUUACCAUACUUAAAGGGAUUCCAUAGAGCCAGGAAAACAAAGCCAAUUUCCUGACUCUAAAGGCUUAAUAAAUUCCCCCCACACCCGCUGGGCUGAAUCUAGCACUGAUGUCCCUCGGCGCUGGAUCAAGCUCCGCCCGCGCUCCCACAUCAGCCGGCGGGGGAGACUUAAGGCGCAUGUGCGGCACUGGCCGCACGCGCAUUGGACCUCCCCAUAGGAAAGCAUUAUUCAAUGAUUCAUACAGAGCGUGAGGACGUCCAGCAUCAGAUAAUGGACCAAAGGUCCAUUUACAUUCCGGAAGAGCCCCCAGUGGCUGUCUGGUAGACAGUGAGGGCAGACUUAGUAGUGAUUGACUGAUUAUUGGUUCUGCAGAUAUUAUCGGCCGAUAUUCAGAUUUUUUGUAAGUAUCGGGCGAUAAUCACCGGCAAUACAGAUAAUGAAUGUGUGGGCUGGCGCGUCCAUAAGGCGGCACAAGUGGCCACCUAAGGGUGCACUAGCCUGCGGGGCGCUAGAUCGAAGUGACUGGCAGGAAGUGGGAGCACAGCGAUCCACCUGCUAUGCACUCUGUGUUGCAUGGCCAAGCACAGCAGUGCGCACUGCGGUACAGGAACUUAUGUUUACUGUACCUGGCUGGACUGAAAGGAAGUGCUCACUGAGAGAGCACUUCCUGUCAGUCCAGCCGGGUACAGGAGACUGAAUCACUAUGUAAGGAGGGUGGUAAGGAAGACUAUGGGACAGAGAAGGGGGGAAAGAACACUAGGGGGGGAUAGUGAACAUUAAGGGAAGACACUAAGGUACAGGGGAGGGAAAAGGGACACUGUGGUAGGGGGGACCACUAAAAGACAAGGCAGAGGAACAUUAAGGGAUAUGGGGGGGAAGCCACUAAUUUUGUUCAUUUACCACUUAUUUAAAAAAAUAAAUAAAAAAAAUAUGGUAAAUGUACAGAAUAUUGGUAAGCUGUCAGCUAUCGACCUGAAAGUUCACAGACUAUCGUAUUGGCUCAAAAAAAAACAAACAAAAAAACAACAAUAUUGGUUGAUCCCUAAGACUUAAACUUAGCUGCAAUGGAAACUUUGCAGUUCUAAGUGCAAUAGGAACACAGCACCCAGACCACUUCACUUCGCUAAUGUGAUCUGGGUGCCUACAGUGUCCCUUUAAGGUAAAAUGUAUUUUUCUUUUACAUUAAUCACACUGCUAAUUCAAGUGUUUUUGUCAUGUAAGAACAAUAUGAAAAGAACAAAAAAUAAAAAAAAGGAAUGCACCAUAACCACUAUCAGCUCCCCAAUUUAAGUCGUUUGUUAUCAGUUUGACUUCUAAAAUGGGGCCCGUCUGUCCUGAGUUAAGUCCUGUCAAUUUAUCACUCGUAGCCAAAGGGAUUAAGCCUUGCACUCAUGUGCUUGAUUCAAUACACUAUACCACCUACUACAUAUAUCUCUAUAUAGCACAAGGCAAUUAAGAGCAUUGAAUAAUAGUCUAUCCGGAUUACUGCUGCAAUUAAUAUUUUCAGUUUUGGUUCACCUUACCCUUUUUAUUUUUUUAAAGAAUUAUUACAAUUUUCCCCCCACAUGCCACUGAACUAUAGCUCUACAAAAGUUUAAAAAAAAAAAAUACAAAAAAAAAAAAAAAAUAUCAGACUUUAACUAGACCAAAUGUAUUUGAAAGAACACUCUCGUUCUCUAAAUCUUGCUGAAGUCUUUUAAGAGUUAUCUGGCUGUGCUCUUUGUCUUAUAUUCUCUUGUAAUCUGUACUUUUAAUAUCUCCCCCUUGAUAACAACUCCUGGCUGUCAGACAGCUGGGAGGAUUCCCCUCCUCAUUUACCUUAAGUGUUUGGGGGUCCUAAAGCUAAAUUGUAAAAACACCAAAUGUAGAAAAAAAUUAUUUCUGUGUAAUGUUGGAUUGUCCUUCAAUUGCACAAAAUGUAACAGCUUCACUAAUUGAGAUCAAAAUGCAUGUGACAUGCUUUCAUUUAAACCACCUGUGUUCAAGCAGUCAUGUAGGUUCACCAACUGUUAGUUCACUAAAGCAAUGGGACGGCAGAAGUAGAACUCUCAUAGUCUUUCCCCCUUUCCUGUGCAAAUUACAAUUUCUAGAUAAAAAUGGACAUUUUGAUUUUACAAAUGAUACUACAAAAUAGGACAAAACAAGCUAAAUGAGUUAAAUUGCAAAGAUUAACCAUGCAUCUGGGAACGCAGAAUUAGAACGGCUAUUUUAAUUUUCUAACAUUAUUACACAAUGGGGCAAGUAAGUUUAAGCAUGAAGAUAAUGAUGCUAAAGAAGACCUAUAUACACUAUAAUGUGCAGAUGACCGCAUUCCCCUUACAAGUAAAAUGCAUUUUAUCUAUACAAAAUCCCCAGCAAAUAUAUAGAUUAAAUGCUAUGCUUACUUUAUUUUAGCUUUCUGAUCUGGGCUGCACAUUCGCACAAUGCAGAGCGUACGCAGCUGCCGUAUCUCAAGGUUUCUGCUACAGUGACCAAGGCUAUAGCUAUAUUUUUAUUUAACCAGAAGUUACACUUCAUCUACACAUUUAUAGAGCAUACAUUAUGCUGGCCAUAGUGGUUACAAAGUGCCACCAUGUCACAUUUGCAUGUCAGUAGUGCGUUCGUAGACAACUGGUUUCACUCCAGUCCCUCCAAACAUCUAGAGAGUCACAGAGGUCCCAGUUUUAAUUAGGGAGACUCUACCCCUUUUACUAACAUCAGCCAACCUCUCAAGUCACAAGUACACUAAAUUGUGUGCAUCUGUGUGAGUCACCACAGCACACGUCAACUAGGUAGCGAUUGGCUCAAUAGAAUAUGCAAAAAAAAAUAAAGAGCCUGUAAAAGACAGUCGCAAACAGAUUAGUCAUUAAAGGCCAGACGAUGAUCCAAUGCUAUAAGUUGCAAGCAGAGACUCAAAGAUAAAGGGUCACAUUUCAUAGUAUUAUUGAAUGCAUUAAUAUAAAGUAGCUAUUACAUAUACAUAAUUUAAGUCUUAUCUCACAGGCACAUCAGUUCAAGCAAAUUAACUUUCCCAUGAUACCCAAUUCAUAAAAUCAAGCAAGCCCUGUGCACUGACAUUUUAUUGUAUGUUUCAGGAUGAAGUUGCCUUAUUAGGGAGUGGUUUUAUAGACGUUCAUAAACAAACAGUGCGAGUUAGAGUUACUUUUAUUGCUAUGAUGUCUCAAAUGAAUGUUCUCAUCUGAGCAUUAAAUCUUCUCCCAGCAGCUGCUGUUGGUACAUCAUUUACGUACAAAGUCCCCACAUAUCUACUUCUCUGCACUGUGGAAUGCUGGGGAAAAAAUCAGCUUAUUUGCUUAAAAGGACCACUCCCCACACAUACAAAGCACUUCAGCUUAUGUAUAUGUCUUAAAUGCCAGUUUAUAAAAGUGCAGAUUUCGUUGAGAAAUCAGCACUUCUAAAAGUAGAUUUUGAGAUGCCUUUCGGCUGUCUAACAAACAGCUGGUGAGGUUACUCUUUCCAUUUGCAGAGUGGAGCUAACUGAAGUGGUGCCGGAUACUCCCCCGAAAUGAAUUGUGGUGCCGCAUACCUCCCAUGCACAAUGCUAGCCAGGGUGUGAACAUCACUAUGCACACAUCCUUGGUCAUCAUGAAAAAUGCCUGCAUGUAUUAAUUAAGUGUAUAUAUACUUAUUAUCUAUUAAAUAGUGUUUCUUUUUUAUUUUAUGAUUUUCAGUGUUUGGAAUGGUUGCUCACAUCACAUGCUGAGGAUUUAAAAUGCGUGGAUACAAAGCUUAUUUGGCAACAUUCACAAAAAAAAAAUAAAUAAAAAAAUUCGAGAAACCAGAGGUGAUUUCAAGUGGUUAAUUACAGUUAAUUAAUAGAGAUUGAUUAGAUGAAAAUAUGACAAUUAGAUGUAUGGCAAGUAUGUUUUAGGUCACAGGUCCUCUUUAACAUGAUAAAUAAAAUAGAAAAGGAUUUUUAGUACCAUAUUAUCAUGGUUUAAACAUCCCAUUAAGUUCACUCUACCCUUCAAUUCAGAUCUAUAUUCCAAGUGUCUCUUCAGAAGUUACACACGUAAACAAAUAUAGACAAACAGGAAAAUAGAGAGGGUUUGUCACUUCCAUUCCUAAUCUGAGCCACUGAAAACAUAAAAUGUUCUUUAGUAGUCUUGGUGUAUUCAGUUGGUCCAGGUUACCACAUUACUUAAGGGAAGAAAACAUUAAGCCACCAACAUCACAGCAGACAAUCAUCUUGCCUCUGAUAUUUAAAAUAAAGAGUUAAAAUUUACAUUAAAAAGUAGGAGUGCACGCAGACUGGAAUGCCUUCUAUUUAUGCAGAAAGGGGGAGAAGGGGGGGGGGGGGAGAAAAAAAUGUGAUUUAAAAAAAAAAUGCUUUACAAUUGGAACCGGACAUCUGAGCCAAAAAAAACACAGUAUAUUUUCAUUUACAUACUCAAAUGCCCUGAUGAUCAUCUAAUGCAGGUUAUAGUGAGUAGCCAAUUUCCCACUGCACAUACUCUAAUGUAUGCAUAGCAUUGGUGUAAUAGAGUUUCCUGCUGUUGACCAGUUUGAAUACAGAGACCAAAACAAGCUUAAUUUUCACAGGAAAUCGAUGUGUUUUGUUUUUCCAGGGACACGUUAUUUUAGAGAUGAAAGAUUGAUAAGUUUCAAGUUUUGAUUUUCAAAUGGUUCCAUGAAAACAGUUAAUAGUGGAUCAAGAAGGUCCUAGCUGGCAAAGAAAAAUAUUUAAGUUUUCCACUGCUGAGCUUUAACUGAGUUUUUCAAAAUUAAAUAAAAAAAAAAAAAAAAUACAGAGAGCAAGAUCAGAUUACGGCCCUGAUCAAUAUUAUAAACUCUUGACAAAGUACAUUAGCGGUUGAAUUUGUUUUUUCCCUGUAAUUUUAAAGGUAUGAUAUUAUUGCACGUCUUAUGAGAGACAGAUAUCAAGGCAAGUUCAGGGCUUCCCACAAGUAGCUCAACCAGUAAAGUAAGAUAGCUGCAAGUAGGGGUCAUAUCCACAGGUGAAUUACAAGAGAAAAUAAAAUCUCAGCGGUCCCAGGGUGAGAGUCACGGGCAGCAGGGGUUGUCAAUGACCAGCAUGACAUCAAAGCCAUACACUUCCAACAAGUCCAGUAGGAAGCUUCUGUCGCCUUGUGGAUCGAGGCCCAUGCUGCGAGCAUGCUCAGCUGUCAAAGUCUUGUCUUGGCUGGAAGCCACCUCAAGCAAUAUUUGGAAAAUUCUGUUGUUCUGUUCCAUGAAAAAGCUAGGAAUCAGAAAUAAAACAGUUAUUCACAUUUGGGAAAAGGUUGAUAUUUAAAGGGGAAAGGUCAACUUUUGUUUUAAAAAAAAAAAAAUGUAAAUAAACUUUCAAAAUGUCAUAGGUUUAACAAUCUCUGAUAGGGGUACAUAAAUUAUUGUGUUUAAAACAAAGGGAUUUAAGAAAAGUGGCAUUUGACACUCACAGGAUGAAAAGGUCCUCCUCACAGGAACCACAAUCGCCAUCCACUUCUUGUGUGUACAUGAACAGCUGCCUGCACAGGGACCAGAAGAACAUAUUAGAAACCCAAGUUACCAAAAACACCACUACAGUCCACAAUGUUGUUCAUUCUUUCCUCUAUGCCUGGUAGCAUGACUGCCAAAGAGACAGGUGGUAUGACAAAACAGCACAGGCAGGCAACCUCCAGCAGUACAGCUAUUGUGGACAGAAGCACUAAGUAUUUUCAUCAAGGUAGUACUGAAGGUUGCCUGUCCAGUUCUGCUAUUUUGUCUAAACCAUUGUUUUCUGUACAGAAGACAUAGAGAAGUGAUAAUCAAAGAGAGAGUGGUUCAAAAUGAUGCCAAUUAAAAAAAAAAAGUCAAACGACCAACCAAGAUAUUCCUAGGAAUUCUAGGUAUGCCACCACAUUGCCUGGACUGAUUCACUCUUAUUAGCAGAACAGAAGGCAAAAGGUUUGCUGAUAUGAAAAAAUAGACUUUUCAACAUAAAAGCAAACAAAAGGAUAUAUUUCAAACAGGGAAGAACAAUUGCGUGCUUUAUAUAUCAACAAUAAUAAAAAAAAAAUAAUAUAUAUAUAUAUAUAUAUAUAUAUAUAUUUUUUUUUUUUUUUAGGCAAAUAAGAUUAAUGAAAGGCAAUACACUCUGUUGUUUUACACUUGCCUUUUUUCUCUGCUUAAUUCUUUUACACAAAUUUACCAGGGAUCUAUCCUGUCUCUCAGCAUUUUGGCUGAAACAUUGGAAAUGGGAACCCUUGCCACUUCCCCCACAAGCAAAGGAAGUUUGAAGAACAAAUGUUAGAACUGCAUUGUACUGUUAUAAUGGUCACUCUUAGUGUAUGAUACGACGAUAAUAUUUCUCCAUAUAUGCUAAUAUUUCAGAUCGUGUUUUUUCGUUUUGUUUAAUACUUUCCAUCAUAGCAGAGUUUAUUUACCUCUUACAGUGCCAUUUUUAAACAUUGCGGUUACUUAAGUAAUGCUAUUUAAAUGCAAGAAUACUGCAGCUGACAUCGCAAUUACAAAGAUGUGUACUGUCACCUUUGGUCAUUUAACCGCCGGUACUUUUCUUUGUCUGCACUAUUAACUUUCAGAAGGGGCUGCAGGUGCUCCAAGUGAGUCUUCACAUUUUGGUUGUCUACAUACACAUCAUACAGAUCUUGCUUGUGUUCAAAUAUCUUCUCCGUUGUACCUGGAAAAAGAAAACAACAUGUAGAUGUGGACAACUGCAACCAACCCUAAAAAAAAUAAAAAAUAAAAAAAAAUAAAAUAAAAAAAAAACACCCACCCACCCAAUUAACUAUGAAGACAAAUUUAUGGCAUAUAAUAUUUUUAGAAUAAAGAGGGGAGCACUAUAUUUGUCCCCAGUAGCACCCAAAUAAUGCGCGUAUGGUCAGUUUAAUGCAGCCUUUUUGGUUUCAUAUGCAUGCAAAUUAGUGAGUCCAGGCCAAUUGCCUUGGUCUUGCACCGCUCCCUGUCACAGAGACUCAUUGCAAGGCCCUAUUUACUGGCCAAUCCAUGUCAGCAUCCCUAUGGGUCAGCUCCUGCCUCUCAGCUGAUAGGACAGGAAUCUACAUUUUAAAUGAUUGUAUAUAAGGAAUCCACCUCCCCAGAAUAAGCAGUCUUUUUUCCUGCCUUCAGCUGUUAGGCAGCACAGCAGUUUUAUUUUAAAGUUCACCUGCCAUUAGUAUUUCAUUAUGGCAUUCAAGGUGAGUCCAGCCUCUCCCCCCAAGGAAGAACCCAGAUACAGCCCAAGCAGUUUGGGGCUCCCUGGGUUAGGAUUAAUAUGGUAGUUCAUAGUAAUUGAAGAUUGGACUUUGCUGGACUAAAUUCUACAAUUUUAUUUUUUUUAAAUUCUUUAUUUUUUUGCCUCACUCCACUAGGGAGUAUGCAACAGAUAGCAGGUUUACAGCGAUGCAAAACAAGCAUGACAUUCAGACAGUGUGUGUGAGUGUGGAGAGAGGAUUUUUUUUAUUUCUAGGUGUGGGGGCCUAACAGGUAGAGUCCAAAAAGUGUAGGACCCCUCCCAUAUUAUAACUAGAGCACAUGUGUAUCGUACUAUAGAGAUUGGGGAGGUGGGGUCUUCUCAAGUGUUAUGCACCCUCUGAGUGAGUAUAUCAGGAUAGCGUCCAGGUCGGGGUAUGUCACCACCCCACUGAGUUAAACUGCAGUGUUGCAGAGUGUAGGAGCAAAGUGGGAGCACAGCAACAGAUAAAAAGAAAAGCCAACAAAAAUAAAAGUACAAAAACUAUGGAACUGUUGACAGGUAACUUUUAGGCAAGAUCGUGCGGUCUUAUAUAGUCCUUCUGGUUUGUUGUUUAAGAUACCUCCUGCAGGUAGACUUUGUGGAUCAGGUCAGUCAGGUUACCGGUGUUGCAGACAGGCGUCCAGGGGUUGACCGAGGUGUGAAAGAUGAGAGGUUGAGGCGUCCUGUUCAGGUAGCAGCUUCAAGCUGCGCAUGCUGUCCUCUAGUUCUUGUGGGUUCUUAGCUCUGUAGGUGCCUCCCUGGUGGGCGAGUAUGAGAAGUCUGGGGGUACCCCAGCGGUAUGUCACUUCCUGGGAUCUAAGGAUUUGUAGCAGGCGUUUCAUGGACCUACGCCAGAGUAAUGUCUUUUUGGUUAGGUCAGGGAACAGAAGUAGUGAGGAGCUUUCAAAUUGUAAUGGGCUUUUCCCUCUCACCGUCGAUAAGAUUAAGGCUUUGUCUUGCAUUGUUUGAAAGCGGAGAAAAAGGUCCGCCAUGGCAGUAGUAGGGGCAUUUUUUGGUUUUGGUAACCUAAACAUGCCGUCCAAUUUUAGUACCUUUGCCGGUUUAGAUGGUAACAGGGUUGAAAGGAGCCGCAGUGCUGUGUCAGGGAUGCCCCUCAGCUUGAGAUUGUACCGUUGCCUCUGGUCUUCUUGGGUAUCAACCCUGGCCUGCAUGCCUCUCUGGGUCAAGUGAAUCUCUUCCAGCCUCUGCUCCAUGGUGGUUAGCCUGGAGUCAUGUUUGCUGGAGGUGGCCUCUAGGAGCGUAAGUCGGUUGAGUGCCCAGUCUACUGUUGAAUUAAAUUUUGAGAAUUUGGCUGCUAUAUUGGAGCGCAGAUCCGCCAGCAUGGAUUGCAACAUGGCCUUAAUGAUCGGCUCUUGGCCAGCAGGUGAUGCAGGUCGGUUUUUUUUUGUUUUUGUUUUUUUAAAAGGCAGUUAUCCCUUCUGGAUGGUUUGUUUGGUGAAUUUGCAGCUGCUAAUGUUGGUUUUAACCCUGAUCUUUAGCAAUGGUGUCCUCAAAUGCCACGGAUGGUUUUAACCAUCUCUAAUAUUAUUGAUCUCCUUAAAAUGUGUUGUGCCCACAUGGGUUCAGACCCCACUCCUGGUACAUGUUCCAAUGGACAAAUGUCCACGUGGGUUCAGACCCCACUCCUGGUACAAAAUGCCACUGAUGGUUUUAACUAUCCCAAAUAUUAUUAAUAAAGCUAAGGGGUUUACUAUAAUCCGAUAUGAAAUGUUUUGAAAAUAUUUUAUUUUGCUGGUAUACGUUUGUAAUUCGUUCAAUUGUUUAGCAGCCUUUUGGUGACCCUGGCUUCCUCUUCCUCCCCCUCUAGAAUGAGAUAUAGAAGUAUAAGGUGAGCUUUUUAUCUAUAUUAUAAAAAAUAAAAAAGGGGGGGGGGGAGGUGUGGUGAGUGUGUGUAUAUACAUAUAUAUAUACAUAUACAUAUAUACACAUACAUACAUACACACACACACAAUCCUACUGAUACAUAUAUGUGUAUAUAUAUUGCAGCCUGAUACAGCAUGAGAGAUAACGUUCCAAGUAUAACAGAAAAUCCAGGAAAUAUCAUACCUGCCCAUCUGAUGUAAUUGAAGGGGAAAAUGUAUGAAGACACUGCUUUUAAUCAUAGCAGAUGAAGGAGUAUUUGUAUCUGCAGAAACCAUUAACCCAAAUCUGGCUGAGGUAAUUUCUAAGAAUAUGGGGAUUAAAGAGGCGACUUGCAAGGGUCAUUCCUCUAAAAAACUAAAAGAGCAAGAGAAGAUUCCUCAAGAUCUAUGUCAGAGGUUCAUAUCCCAGAUGGCUCUAACUCAGAGGAUGAAGAGAGCAUGGAUUACACUUCUAACCUAGACAGUUAAGUGGCUGAUUCACUAAUUUAUCUAAUUAGUGACACUCUAAGAAUCCCAGAGAAUUGUGGAGAAGCUAAGGACUCCGAUAUAUACUUUGAGGACCUGCACAGGAGAAUAAUUAUUUCCCUUUCUACUCCAUCAUUAAACAUCUGAUAGAAUCAGAAUGGGGAUAAAAAAAUUUUGGGGGGGAAACGUUUUUCAACUCAAGGGAAAGUCGACAUAUUCCCAUUACAAUUAUCAGGCACAUAAUUCUGGAAAAUCGGGGGUAUAGAAUGUGACUGCAGAUCAAUUGGUCUCAAGUUCAAAUCCUGAUACUCUCCCUCAAAAAAGAAAAUCAUGAAUUCAAAUCCUUUUCUUGGGUGCCAUUGAUUCUACUAUUUUAAAAACACAACACAGAGUGGAUGCGGCUAUAAUCAAAGUGGCAAAAACAACGGUUUUACCAAUAGACCGUGCAGCAUCUUUGAGGAAACCAAUGAAAAACCGAUUGGAUGCUAACCUGGUCAAGACUUACUCUUUAGGAGCAGCAAUGCAUCCUGCAGUGGACUUAACAUUGUUGCCAAGGGCUCUAAGUGUCUGGACCGAUACGCUUAGUAAAGACAUCUCUAAAGGCACUAACAGAGAUACAUUACUGAAAAUUUAAAAGGAUUUAAAAUUCACUUAAGAUUUCAUCACAGAAGCAUUGGUAGUCCUUACCAAGCUUAUAUCCAAAGAUAUGGGCCAUUCAGGUUCAGCCAAGAGGGCCCUUUGGUUGAAAGCAAUGGGGGCAGAUAAUUCAUUAAAAUUAACCUAUACUUACUUCCUUCCUUUCAUGGAAACCUUCUAUUUGGAAAACCCUUAGACGAUGCUACCUAAGGUGACUAAAGAGGAAAAAAGUUCUCCUGCCACAGGACAGAAGAAUAAAGCAAUAUCCUAACGGGUGGAGCAGAGAAUACAAAGAACAACAUUCCUUUUUUUUUUUUUAUAAAUUCUUUAUUUUAAAGAUUUUCUGGGGGAAGGGGUACAGAAGAAAUAAGUUUGGGUAGCGUGGUUUAUGGUACAUUUUUGUCUUCAAUACAGAAAUGUGUAGUGCUAGUUAUACAAUUUUAUCAUGUAUACCAUUUGUGUCGGUGGGGUACAGAAGGGGUGGGGGGGUAACAGAUUUUCAAACGGCAUAUAGCAGCGCUGAACCUUUGUGGUGAUAUUAGAGAGAGUAGUGGUUCGAACCAUAUGACAUUUGUUUCUUGUAUCUCUCCCAGUGGGUUUCGGUCGUUGCGUACCCGAUUCCCAUUUGGGUGGCGUACUGAGGUUUGUCUUUUCCAUGAGGGAAAGGGUACCCUCCUUGGUCAUGUGUGUUGUCAUGAGGGAUGGUCUGUGGGCUUUGUGUAGUUUUCGUUUAGGGAAGGUUGCCCCUGCGGUCCUCUGUGUCUAUGUUGUUGCUUGUUGUAGAGUAUAGCGGUGGUUUUGUUCGAUGGUGUGUGUGUCGUGGUUGUGCUUGUGUGUUGUUUGCGGAGGUGGUCCUGUCUUUUAAUGGGUGGUCAUGGGUGGCUUGUGGGGUCCCUGCCGUAGUGGGUUCAGCGUGGUCUCGCGUGCGUGCAUAGUGGUUCUGGGAAUUGUGGUGGGUAACCUGAGGGGGGAUAGGGGAAGGGUAGUGGGUGGUGAGAGGGGCAGUGUGAUGGGGUGAGGGUGGGGGGGUAUCCGGUGCGGCCGCACGCCCCAGCUCUUCCCCUACACCCCUACUAGGUGCCUUGUGAUCCAGGGGUCCCAGAUUUUGUGGAAGUGUUUUGUUGUGUCAUGUAGGAUGGCUGAGAGUUUGUCCAUUUCCAUGGCUUCGUUGUUUUUUUGGAUCAUUAUCGCUAAUGUAGGUGUGUUGUGGUUUCCCCACUGUUCUACUAUAGUGCGUCUUGUGGCUAGAGCUAGCUUCGUCACCAACUUGUUCUGUGCUCUCGGUAGGUUAGAGUGGGGCUUAGAGAGUAGCCAUAUCCAUGGGUAUGUCUUCGUGCAAUAUUCUAGAUGAGAGGUCGGCGACCUAGGUCCAGAGUUGUGAGCUUUGUGGACAUUGCCACCACAUGUGAAUGUAGGUUCCUUGAUGUCCGCAUUUUUUCCAGCAGGUGUUUGUGGGGGCUAUCCUCAUUCGUCUUAGUCUCAAGGGUGUCAAGUACCAUCUGAGCAUCGUUUUAUAUGCUUAUUCCUUGUGGUUUACGCAUAUAGUGAGCGAGGCAGUGGCUUCCCAUAUAUCUACCCAGUCUGAUGGGUCACUUGGUGGGCCUAUGUCUCUUUCCCAUGCCUUUGUGUAGUUAAGUGUAUUGGAUGGGGAGUUGGAGUUUAAUUGGGAGUAGAUUGUGGAGAUCUGUCCCUUGUGUGUAGGGGUAUGUAGGCAGGUUCUCUCAAAUUGUGUGAGUUUUGUGGUGGCUGUCAUUAUGUUCUGUGGUUCAUUUAGGAAGCUGCGCAGUU